UAUUGAGAGUUAUAUCAAGAAUUUCAGUUCAGAGAGAGAGAGAAAGAAGGAGAGAGCCUGUGUGAGGGAGAGAGGCUGAGAGGGAGGAGGGAGAGCGCCGUCGCUUCCUCCCGUCGCUAAAGCAAUAACCUAUUAGGAUUUUUUUUAAUUUUUUUUUUUUCUAUCGCUAACUAUCACCCCAGAGAUAAAGAGGGAGAGAGAAGCACCGCCAGACCAACUCUUGUCAUUUCCAGUCAGAAGUUGCAGACUUCAUGUAGCUGGCUGUGCUCUGCUGAGAGAGGGAUGGAAAUUGUGUGCACUGCAGAGUGGAAAAUACUCCCGAUCUAAAGAAGUGCACCGGAUUUUUGCUUGCUGUUUGUUUGGGUUGUUGCGUGCACGUUAAACGCCCGAAGGAUCGCCGCUUAAUAGAAAUGAAACGCGGAGAGGAUGACUAACGACAGAACUGUGAAUUUGUUCCCUGGAGUUGCUAAUUUGCCACCCCGAAGCAACACAUAUCUCAAGGAGGAAGCGUUUGCCUGCUGCUGAUUUCUCCAAAACUGGUGAUUUACCAGAUGCAUUGUGCUGUAUCUGCUGGAACAGAUCAUUGCUUAGCUGCAGCAGAUCGUCAAAGGUAUACAACCAACUGCUGUCUCCAAAUAAGAAAUGAGAUGUAAUGCAUCCUGCAGUCCAUGCAUGCCUCCUCUUGCAAAUUGUGCACCAUUCCGUGGAAACCUUUAAGUCUUAAAAUCUGGGAAAAAAGAAUAAAAACAUUAUAAUGGACCUGAGGGAUUUUUGCCUGUUGACCGCUUUGAUUGCCUGUUUAAGGCUGGAUUCUGCUAUAGCUCAAGAACUUAUUUACACUAUUAGAGAGGAGCUGCCUGAAAACGUACCCAUAGGGAACAUACCAAAGGACCUGAACAUUUCUCACAUCAAUGCUGCCACAGGGACCAGUGCCAGCCUUGUCUACAGACUGGUAUCUAAAGCAGGGGAUGCCCCUCUGGUCAAAGUGUCCAGUACCACUGGGGAAAUCUUUACGACAUCUAACCGAAUAGACAGAGAAAAACUCUGUGCUGGAGCUUCCUAUGCAGACGAAAAUGAGUGUUUCUUUGAACUUGAAGUUGUGAUUCUCCCCAAUGACUUUUUUAGGCUGAUCAAAAUAAAAAUCAUUGUAAAGGACACUAAUGACAAUGCACCUAUGUUUCCAUCCCCUGUCAUCAAUAUCUCCAUCCCAGAAAAUACUCUGAUCAACAGUCGCUUUCCAAUCCCAUCAGCAACAGAUCCUGACACAGGUUUCAACAGCGUGCAGCACUAUGAGUUGUUAAAUGGACAGAGUGUCUUUGGACUGGAUAUUGUGGAAACUCCAGAAGGAGAGAAAUGGCCUCAGCUGAUUGUGCAACAGAACUUGGACAGAGAGCAAAAGGAUACCUAUGUGAUGAAAAUCAAAGUGGAGGAUGGAGGUACCCCCCAGAAAUCCAGCACAGCCAUCCUGCAAGUCACAGUAAGUGAUGUCAAUGAUAACAGGCCAGUAUUUAAAGAGAGUCAAGUAGAGGUUCAUAUACCAGAGAAUGCUCCUGUAGGCACUUCUGUAAUUCAGCUUCAUGCAACAGAUGCUGAUAUAGGAAGCAAUGCAGAAAUCAGAUAUAUUUUUGGUGCCCAAGUCGCCCCCGCAACCAAAAGAUUUUUUGCUUUAAACAACACCACAGGGCUGAUUACAGUUCAGAGGUCAUUAGAUCGAGAAGAGACUGCUAUUCACAAAGUGACAGUGCUGGCUAGUGAUGGUAGCUCUACACCAGCUCGGGCAACUGUCACCAUCAAUGUCACUGAUGUAAAUGAUAACCCUCCUAACAUAGACCUCAGGUACAUAAUAAGUCCCAUCAAUGGCACAGUGUACUUAUCUGAGAAAGAUCCUGUCAAUACAAAGAUUGCCCUAAUUACAGUUUCAGAUAAGGACACUGAUGUGAACGGCAAAGUGAUCUGUUUCAUUGAGAGAGAGGUUCCCUUCCACUUGAAGGCGGUUUACGACAACCAGUAUUUGUUGGAGACCUCUUCCUUGUUGGACUAUGAGGGCACCAAAGAAUUCAGCUUUAAAAUUGUUGCUUCUGAUUCUGGCAAGCCCAGUUUGAACCAGACUGCCCUGGUAAGAGUUAAACUGGAGGAUGAAAAUGACAACCCUCCGAUUUUCAGCCAGCCUGUAAUUGAGCUGUCAGUUGCUGAAAACAACCGUCGUGGUCUAUACUUAACAACUAUUAGUGCCACAGAUGAAGACAGUGGGAAAAAUGCAGACAUUGUUUAUCAGCUUGGCCCUAAUGCCUCCUUUUUCGAUCUGGAUCGAAAGACAGGAGUUUUGACAGCCUCCAGGGUUUUUGACAGAGAAGAGCAGGAACGUUUCAUUUUCACUGUUACAGCCCGAGACAAUGGCACCCCUCCUUUGCAGAGUCAAGCAGCUGUAAUUGUUACCGUGUUGGACGAAAAUGACAACAGUCCCAAAUUUACUCAUAAUCACUUCCAGUUUUUCGUAUCAGAGAACUUACCAAAGUACAGCACAGUGGGGGUGAUCACAGUGACCGAUGCAGAUGCUGGGGAAAAUAAAGCAGUGACCCUUUCCAUCCUGAAUGACAAUGAAAACUUUGUGCUGGAUCCGUACUCUGGAGUUAUAAAGUCCAAUGUUUCUUUUGAUCGAGAACAGCAGAGCUCCUACACCUUUGAUGUUAAGGCAGUGGAUGGAGGGCAACCUCCUCGCUCUUCUACAGCAAAAGUAACCAUAAACGUAAUGGAUGUUAAUGACAACAGCCCCGUUGUCAUCUACCCGCCUUCCAAUACUUCUUUUAAGCUGGUGCCACUCUCAGCAAUUCCAGGAUCGGUGGUAGCCGAAGUGUUUGCUGUGGAUAUAGACACUGGAAUGAAUGCCGAGCUUAAGUACACAAUAGUAAGUGGAAAUAACAAGGGUUUGUUUCGGAUUGAUCCAGUGACAGGUAAUAUCACUCUGGAAGAAAAACCGACUCCUAAUGAUGUGGGGCUUCAUCGCUUAGUUGUCAACAUAAGUGAUUUGGGUUAUCCCAAAUCCCUGCAUACUCUUGUGCUUGUAUUUUUGUAUGUAAAUGAUACUGCUGGAAAUGCCUCUUAUAUUUAUGACUUAAUACGCAGGACUAUGGAAACACCUUUAGACCGGAACAUAGGGGACAGCAGCCAACCCUACCAAAACGAGGACUAUCUCACAAUCAUGAUCGCCAUUGUGGCAGGUGCCAUGGUUGUCAUAGUUGUGAUAUUUGUCACAGUUCUCGUUCGCUGUCGACACGCAUCCAGAUUCAAAGCCGCCCAGAGGAGCAAGCAAGGUGCUGAGUGGAUGUCUCCCAAUCAGGAGAACAAGCAAAACAAGAAAAAGAAAAGGAAGAAAAGGAAAUCUCCAAAGAGUUCUCUUUUGAACUUUGUGACCAUUGAGGAGUCCAAACCUGAUGAUGCAGUUCAUGAACCUAUCAACGGGACAAUAAGCCUUCCAGCAGAGCUGGAGGAGCAGAGUAUAGGAAGAUUUGAUUGGGGCACAGCACCACCAACAACCUUUAAGCCUAACAGUCCUGAUCUUGCCAAGCAUUACAAAUCUGCCUCUCCGCAGUCUGCUUUUCAUCUCAAACCUGACACUCCAGUUUCAGUGAAAAAGCACCAUGUGAUUCAGGAGCUCCCGUUGGACAACACCUUUGUUGGUGGUUGUGACACCCUUUCCAAACGCUCUUCCACUAGUUCAGAUCACUUCAGUGCCUCAGAGUGCAGUUCCCAAGGAGGCUUCAAGACAAAGGGCCCCUUACACACCAGACAGUGUUCCCCAUCCUCUCCCUGAGAGUGUCUAUGUCUGCUUCAUCAACCCUGACUGCCUACAGUAUGCAACAGACUCCACCACAUUUCUUCACAAAGAAGAUUGCUUGCACAGACGAAGGCUCCUCAGACUGCUUGGGACACCUUGCACAGAUGCUUGCCACUGCCUUGAAUUCAGGAUGGACACUAAAAUAGAUCCUGAACAUACUGGUGGAAAUGUGAUCACUCCCCUGCAACUCACAACCUUCCUGUUUGGUAAAGGAACUAUAAGGACAACUUGAACUUCUUGCGAUAUUGCCAAAGAUUCAUUCUGAAGGAAAUACAGUGUUUUCCAUACCACAGACCAGCCAACCCUAAAACAAACCCUUUUGGGUAGAAUGGAGGUUGACAACAGGUAUCAAGUCUUUCUUUUCUGAACAAGCCUGUCAAAAUGCUACUAACCUCUCCACAACUAGUACUGAAGCCUACUGAGAUUUGAGGGCAGAACAUGGAAUAUAAGUUAUGGCUAUCUGUGGACCAAUUAUACGUACAUAUAUAGAUGCACACAUACGUAUCUGUGGGCAUAUAUAGGUAUAUACACUAUAAACAUUCUUCUUCUUUGAGCAAGCUAUUUUCAUAUAGUGAAAUAUAGGAUGCUGAAUUAUAAGAUAGUAACAGUAAAACUUGCCACUGUGACCUUUUAUUUUGUGCAGAGCAACACAAAUAUUAUCAGUAUAAUAUAGCACCAUCAAGAUUAUAGAGUUUGUUAUCUGAAGGAAGAACACAAAGAAAACAUGGUACUCUUCACUUAAUUUUGGCAGGUUCUAAAAUACCACAGUGCUUGUGCAGUGCAAGAAAGUGACAGGGAUAGAACAUAAAUUGUACGGUUACACCUGUUAAUGAACCUAAUGUUAUAUUAAUGAUGCUUUUGCAUCAAAUAUAAGAAAAGAAACUGUACUGUGUGCCAUUUAGUUCAUUUAGAGGAAAAAAAUUGUAUACCAAAAUUACAAGCUCACUGCAGUGAAAAAUUCAAAACUGAAUGCUUUUCACAAUGUAUUUGCAAAAUAAGCAGCAACCUAAUAGAAAGUUAUGUAAGUCUUUAUAGUUUGCCAGCCAAACCUAAGAAAAUGACUUAAUGUUAAGUGAUUGAAGGCUGACUUUUGCAGAAACAAUGCAUAUGGAAAAUAGUGAGAAUACUGUGUCUGCUGCUGGCUUCAUGCUGAAAAUAUCCACACUUGGCAUUUGCUGUGGGUUAUUAUACCUCUUGAAAUGUGUGUGUAUUCGGAUAGUAUUAAGAGAUAAAUAUAUGCCUUUUUAAUGGUGCAUUGCCAUUUGGGAGAAUAUCACAGAAUACUUCACAACAUCUCUAGGAUGACAUAACUCAUUAAAUGAAGCCUGUAGCUCACUGUUUUUCAUGUAAACCUACCAUGAUAAAAUGUAUGAAUAAAUAAACAUUAAAAUGCUGUCUGAAAUAAAUCUGUAUCCUGAUAAUACUCCAGUGCUGAACAGGCACACUUUCUUGCAGGACCUUUUUUUAUUUUUUUUUUUUUUCUCUUUUGUUCUUCAUUAGAACCUUUAUCAAAAUUAAUGUGAUCAUAGAAAAGAUUUAUCAGUUUUUUAUCAGUUUUUUUCAGGCAAGCCUCUUCCUUCUCUCCUUGCUUAAAAGGUUGUACAUCCACCUGUGUUCCCCAGAGUCUAGUAGGAUAUCAGAAACCAUGAGAAAUGCUGCACUUUUUGGAUGAAAUGCUUUAAUUCUUUCCAUCCCUCCAUCCUUUAGUCCCUGGUUAUGACUUCUUCUUGGGAUGUGGUAUAGGUGUUUAUAAUAUUAAUGUACAAGAUAAUAAGUAAAGCAACACAGUGAGAAUAAGCUGAGAAGGAUUAUAUUGGCUAACAUACAUAUUUGUUUGGAAGGUCCUAUUUCAUAUCCUUAAAUCUAUGAAAAGAAACCCAUAGAAAUUUCUGUAAAUAUUGGGAGCAGGCUCGAGUGGCAUUUUUAGUAUUUCUGCAUUUCAAGUUCAUAUAAACCCUAAAAUCAUUACAUUUUUUUUUUCUUUAGGCUAAACAAACUAAUAGAACUAUGAGGCAUGAAAAAGAACCUUUCUGAAUUUUAGUUACUUUUUUUUUUUUCUUUUUUUUUUUUUUCUCCUGAGAUUCACAACUAUAAAAAGGUUUCUGUGUAAGAUACUUACUCAACUAUCCUACACUUAAUCAAGAACUGGGACAAUGGAUUGUUGCUGUACUUACUGUUUUGUUCUUCUGGUUUGGUUUGUGUUUUUUUUUUUUCCCACAUAUAUACAAUCAUGGAGACAUAAACAUAUGCAAUUUUUCUGUUCUGUGCUCUACACAUUCACUUAAAGAUAAAAAUUGUAUUAGUAAAAAUCAAUAAGGAACUCACAUUUCUUCCAAAGGUGACAAAGCUAUAGAUGAAAAACUGGGUUUUUUUGAACACUCUCAAAUCACUUGUGAUUUCACUUUUUUUUUUUUUUUUUUUUUUUGUGAUGGCACUCUGUUUUUCAAAGUCAUUGAUUUUUUUCCUGACACUUUUAAUUAUACUUGUCUAUGGAAGACAAACUGUGAUCCUCAUACCAUCCAGUCAAAACUCUCAGAGCAGAAUUAUAUAUGGUUCCCAGAAGAAAACAACUGAAAAUGUUAAAGCUAGAUGGACAGAUACAUUAAUUAUUACAUUAACUUCAAAUAUUUUUUUUUUCCAUACCAACUCUACUUUGAGAAAUACAGAAUCUAUCAAACGAAGUAUUUGACAGGUAAUGUACAAAAUAUCAUGCCACUUAUCUGUUAGAGAAGAAAAUGCUCUCCUAGCUGAAUCUUACUAAAAGAAACUUCUGUGUCUUCAUACUGGCAAACACAGAUUUCACAAGAUACUUAUGGCUUGCCUAUGCACAAGAUAUUCAUCUGUAUUAAGUAUUAUUUUAAAUCCCUAGUAAGUAUUGUUUUAAGUAUAUUAGUGUACCACUAGCAACAUGUGAACAUUGGGUGUGAAUGUUGCCCAUCCCUUGAACGGAUUGCUUUUUGAAAAUAUAAAUACCAGAGUUCUUCCUUUGAACUUUCCUAAUUGAUACGGAACCCGAGGCUGAAUCAGAGAGAAUAUUUAAUAUUUUCCUAUCAAAAUUAAAUAUAGUAGAUAUAGUAUUGCAAGUUUUUGUGAUAUCUUCCCAAACUCUUACUUACCAUUAAUUGUAAAAGCAUAUCAAAUAAGAGUGUCAUUAAAAUUCAAGAUGUUCUAGACUGCAGAUUUAAAUGUUGUAAUUGUCUUCAUAGUUUUGUAAAAAGGAUGCUGCCGUGUGAAUAAUAUCUUUAUUUUAAAGGUGAACCUUUAGUGUAUAGCUUAAAAGAAGUUAACUGCCUUGUCAUUUAAUAGCAGUGGUGACUGUCAUAGCUUCACUCUUUGAUCUGUUUUUCAUUGUUCAUCUGUUUUUUGUUUAAUUUCAGAUCUAACUGAUUUUGAACAGUGCAAUCAGAUUAGCCUUUAAUAUUAAGGUUCCAUUUCAUAUUCCAUUGAGCAGGUACAAUACAAUCCAACUCAUGCAAGAGUAAGUUAGGGGUAGAGAAGGAAAAAGAACAACCCCAAAGAGCAAAGUAAUAAAGUUUGUAUUGUCUUUUUCUUUAAAAUGUAAAAAUAUAUUAAAUUAAGUUCUUUUUAAGACUUCAAAAGCACAUGUAUAUUCCAGGUACUGGAUUGUUUUUGUUUUUUUUGGUUUUUUUUUGUCCCAGCCUUAUUUUAGGAAAACAAUUUAAAGAUUUAGAGUGCAGCCAGAAGUGUUGAUCGUAGUGUCAAUGUCACAUCAUAGCUUGGUGUUGUAGAAUAUAUUUUUUCUCACCAAAGGAAAAGAAAAUAUGCCAGAGCACUUAAUUUACAAAGGAGAAAAGUGGUAAAGAGACAUUUUCAUCCUGCGUCUAACUGUAAAAGAAUAAUUUUAAUGAAGCAGUAGUUGGUUUCCAUGCAAAAAUCCCUGAACUGCCUUGUAAAUUUUAGAUGAAAAUUUGAAAUUUGUCCAUAAUGUUAACUGAUAAAUGUGAGGUUUAAAAUAGGGUAUAUUAUAUAAGCUCUUCUCACCACCCAGGAACUGGUAAAUCCACAUGAGUAGCCCUAUCAUGACUGUCAGCCUGUAUGUGUUUAUACAGAUUCAAUUUAAAAUACCCUUGUACUAAAAAUCUGCUUGGACAGAUCUUGCAUCUUUCCAUAUACUUGUGGUUCUCCGUUGGUGGUCAAUUCCUUGUAAUUACUCUGGUGGAAGCAGAUCUGAUUAGGAAGGAAAAACAAUGUUGUGUUGAGUAAAACUAAUUCAAUUUAUUUUAAUUAAACUUUUGAUAAAUAGGAGGUAACAGUAAUUACUAGAAGUUUGUUUUUUUGUUUUGUUUUGUUUUUGUAAAUUUAAAGAACCAUGGAUAAAAAUGCCUUUUUUUUCUUUCAAAACAAUUAUUUGUAUGCCUAUGUCAGCUAAAUAUUUUCUUGUACACUGAAAACAGAUUUGUGUUCUUUGUAUUAUAUUUUCUAUGGGAUUACUAACAUGUCUCCAAAUAAGUCUAUAUUCAACUAUACAUUAUUUUCAUCUUGUGUCCAUAAGUUUUAUCUAAAUUACAUGAAUUCUUUUGCAACUGAGACAGAAAAAAAUAGUACUUUCUUUUUUUUUCUCUCUCUCAUCACCUUAUCUCAUUUAUCAUUCUUUAACUAAAUAACUUACAGCUGAUAUGUUGAUCAAGCUUUUUCUUACGGCUUGGGUGGAGGAGAGGCUUUUUGAAGCUGAUCUUAAAUACCUGGCUUGCAGUUCUCAAUAUAUUGAAUUAGGAUGCAUAAUUUAUGGCUGACAUAAUUAGUUGUGAUAUAUGAAAACAAAUAGUUUUAGCAUUAAAUCCUGAUACAACAGGAAGUUAGUAAAUUCUUACAUCACUUAGUUGGUAUGUGAGAGAUGAUAACCUAGAACAAAAUCAGCAAUGUACCAGGAAAUUGUUCAGACAUUUACAGUACAAGCAUUUCUGUGUCCCAAGAGAUCAAAAGAAACGUGUGUGAGUGGUGCAUUUACCUGCUUCUCAUCUUGAGACUUACCAAAAUAGUUGUCAGGGAAAGAUCUGUGUUGAGCCAAUCAGCAAUCCAGUGUUAAGGAAAAUGUAUGAUCUUUGUGCCCUUGGUAACAGUUGUGUUUAGCACAACACUAAAGGUAUUGCUCUAAUCAUUGCUCUAAUUGACACUUUUGUCGACAGUCUCAGAAGAAAGGUCAAGAUGUGGUUAGGCAUGGGACUGAUGUAUGGUCUUACAGUUGUAGCCUCCUUGGCUGAAUUCUGCAAUUUAUUAGCAGCCAUGUGCUUUUUGAAUUCUUCUAAUGUUUUAGAAAAUUCCAUGGGUAAAUACCAUAUGCAUUUAAUAAUUUUCUUUUCUCUCUUCUUUUUUUUUUUUUUUUUUUUAAUACUCUAGGUGACAGAAAAUGAAAGUGAGGUGCUAAGUUAGAGAAAAAAUAUCUACCACCCGAACACUUCAUGAUUUUGCUUACUGUUGACAGGCAGUGUUUUAUACAGUUGAAUAUUAAAACCACCCAGGCCAAGCUACUUUGAGUAUUUGAAGAAAGUACAUAUUAAAACACCUAAGUUUAAAAAUGUCUAUUCCAUGUAUAGUCAUAUUCUAUGAGGUAGGCACUCCUAAAGGGUGAUUCAGAGCCCUAAAUUAGUUGACUAAAGUUAGACAGUGCGAAUACCUCCCACAUUACCAAUAUGUUGCAGGGGCACAGAAAAGAAACAAGGGAGAAAGGGAGGAACAGAGUGAUAAGGAAUAUAAAUGAAGUAAGUCUAUAGUGAACUUUAGAAACUGCUUGUUAGAAAUGAGUAGAAGUUUUUUGACAAAAAGGAGUUUGCUUGGCAUAGCACCUACUCCAAACCAAGCAUCAUCAUCUUCAAAGGUAACUGUAACAAUAGUGUAGGUGUGACACCUUCAGCUGUGAAUAUCCUUACAUAAAUUUAUUAUAUCUUUAUUACAAGUGUUCCUGGAGUCCCGAGUCAAUACUGGAGAACUGAGGUACAUAUAUAAAUAAUUUCUGCUUCAAAGAGCUUACAAGCAAAAAUAGGAUUCAUAGGUGAAUAAUAGGAAGUCAAAGGGGAGAAAGAAGAAUGAAAUUACUUGCCCAAAGUCACCAAGGGUAAUAAUUCUUUCUUACUAUGACGUGGACUCUAAUCUAUAAUCCCCACAAUUUUUGUGUGUGAAAGCAUUUAUAAUACACACAGCUAUUGGGAAUUCAUUUGUUUAAAAAAACUUUGACUUUAUUAAAAGAGCAAGUAUUUAUACUCACAAGUACUGGUACCACAGUCUCAUUUAUGUUCCUAAGUGUUGGGUAGACCUCUUGAAAAGAAAGUCCUUUGACAGUAUUUAUGGCUCUUCUGUUUUUGGUUAGAAAAAUUAACUUGGGUUGUAGGCACCUUUUUAAAGAGAAAUCGAGAAUUCUGCAUUCAUCUGUCUGUAAAUGUAUAAGCUCAUUAGUCACUGUAAAAGUGGAUGGCCAAUCUAAAUUUUUCAUCCUCAAAAUCAAAGGUUACUAAUGGGCAGGCAUCCUACAUGUCAGAGACUUUUGAUUUUUUAAUUUGUAUUUAACAUCCAUUUAGAAGUCUUUUUAUCAUUUAAUGGGAUUACCAAGGAGCUUUCUAGUCAUGCACAGACAUAUAUGCAAACACAUAUUAAAGUAUUGUGUCUAUCCAUUUACUUAUCUACCUAUCUGUUAUCUUAUGUCAUGUAGGAUAAAGACAUUUGGCAUGUAGUCAUCCAUUGAGAUCUAUGUAUCUCUGAAAAAUUUUCUGUUAGAUGCUGUCAUUAUUGUACACCCUAUAAAAUUAUUGUGGUUUGGGGAGAAACGGGAAGCAAAUUCUUCUGUUAAAAUUGACAGCGACAUUUUUUUGCUUGCUGUUCUGUUUGAUGGACUUUCACUUUGCUGGCCCACUAUAAAUUGACUCAGUUGAUAAAGUUUUUAAAAUUCAUACAGUUAGUUUUGUUAAAGCAUAAUAUGUGAGUGAUAGGUUGUAGAUUCAGGGUUUCCCUUUUCUAAGUACUGAUAGUACAGAUCGCCUGAUAUCAGUCUGUAUCUAAUGACCACUUUUACAGAAGUACACUAUAUUGGAGUAGAACAAAAUAUUCUUGACAGUAUUUGGAUUUCCUAAAUUGCAUCAUAUUAUAUAUUUGGGGUUAGAUUUGGCCUGGUCCAGCUGUUGUAGACCUAAUGGUACUGUAUAUAUUAUAUUGUGGAUUAAAUUGAGCAUCCUAUGCCAGUUAUUAUAAGUCUGUUUGAUCUUACUGGACAGAAGGCUUCAGCUGGAGACCUAUUUACUAGCAGAGAAGUGUGAAUUUCAGCUUGUGUUCUCUUAUUUGGUGACAGGCAAGAAAAAUAUUUAGGCAAGUUAUCUUCUACCUGAAAAUAUUGAAAUAAAUUUAUGUGGCCAUUUAUCCUAUUCAAAAAGAAUUUGUGAUCUUUUUGUUGGCUACAGAAAAGGCACAGGUUGCACCUGAUAUUUGAAGGCUAUAGUUUUUUUUAGACAGGCUCAUAAAUUUUGCCUCUCAAUAGAGAGAAAGUGAACUAACACAUGUUGCAGUGUCACAUAUUUAGUAAUAUGAGCUUUAUAGCUACUGAAUAUUGAGGUUUUUAUAGUUCUAGAAAAACUGCUAAAUGUUAAAGCACUAGAAAAUGAUUAAGAUUUACUUAUUAUUGUAACUAUCACUUUAUACUCCUUCCUCUGUCUAACUACCUAUACGUUUUUUAUCAUUUAAAUAGAGUACUGAUACAUAUUGCAUUGAUAGUAUAUCCUUGGAUAUCAGUUGCUGCAAUCACUCACUAUUUUCUUUGUUCCGGAGUAAAAGAUAAGCCCUUUCAUUCCAACACCAUCAAAUUCCUCUUCAGUCUGGAAGACACUGUAAAUAUAUCUAUAGCACUGGGAACGUCAACCCUGCAAACGUCCAAGUCAGGGAAUGCAUUCCCACCAGCAUGCAAAUUUCAUAAUUUGGCAACAGAAGGACAUCUGCCAUAUCCCUCUUCUUCUGAUAAUCUUGGAAAUGAAAUCAGGGCACCUGGACUGGGCAGAAGAUAGUCGUGUUCCAAGAGGGUAAGUUUAGAUACAGCUGGUACUCCUUAAGCUAUUUAUGCUGUGCUUGAUUUUCUGCUCUCUUAUAACAUGUGUACUAAACGUAUUUCUUUGCUCGUUUAUGUACACACUCUUGCUUAGAAGUGUUGACAUUUUUAUAUGCCUGAGUUACAAAGCAGUGUACCUCAAAAAUACAGUCAAAAUGCAGUGAUUUCUUCAAAAGUACUAAAGCAACCUCUUUCCCUUAGUAGCUGAAACCGUGUCGAAAAUAAUUGCAUUUGAAAGAACUUCCUUUAAAACUGAAUCUGUCUUCCUUUCCACCACCAAAGAAAGAUUAUUUAGUAAUGGCAGCCUCUCUUCAAUAAAGUGUAAAGAAGAAAACCACUUGUGAAAUGAAAGUGGGAUCAUAAAAAAAAAAAACAAAGUUGUGGUUUAACACUGGCAGGCAGCACAACACCACACAGCCACUUUCUCACCCCCCACAGUGGGAUGGGGAAGUGAAUUGGAAGGGUUAAAGUGCAAAAACUCAAAAACUCAUUUCCCAUGAGCAGGAAGUUGUUCAGCCAUCUCCAAGAAAGCAGGUCUCUUACUUGAGAAGACAAACAUCAUAGCUCUGAACAUACCUUCUUCCUUCUUCAUCCCACAGCUUUAUAUGCUGAACAUGUUGUCAUAUGGUCUGGAAAUCCCUUUGGUGGGUUGGGGUCAGCCGUCUCAGCUGCGUCCAUUCCCAGUUUCUUGUGCACCUCCAACCUCCUUAUUGGUGGAGUGAUUGGUGGAGUGGUGUGAGAAACAGAAAACACUGUGAUUCUUUGUAAGCACUGCUUAGAAAUAGUUAAAACUUCAACACUUUUUGUUUACAAAUCCCAAAUAUAACACCAUUUAGGCUACUAUGAAGAAAACUAACUCUGUUCCAGACAAAACCAGUACAAAGCUAAACCUCAAGGUACUAUUAAUCUCUUUUAUUUGUUGAACCCUGUGUAAUCUUAUAAAUAAAUGUUGCAUAAUAGUUUCAAAACUGAAUUCUGUUAUAGGAUCCAGUGGUGUAUACUUCAGGAAAGUCUACUAAUGUCUAAGUUAUUAUCCUCACAGAAUGAAAGAGAAAAAAGGAAAUUUUUGUUUCACACCUUUUCUUUCACAUUUUGAAUACAAAAAUUAAAUUUCCAUAUAAAUAUGCAGGUUCUGUUAUAAACUGUGACUACUCAUCUGAGGUUAUAUUUCCUUGGGUCAGCUAAAGACAGAUAUCAAUAAAUAUAGGGUAGCUCAACUUUGUUUUUUGGUAUUUUUUACUGGUAGCAAGUUCAUCUCACUUCUUACGUUUCCAUGUGACCCUAUGUCCAUAUGAAGUCACAUUUCAUUUUUUGAUUAUUAAAGUCCCUAUAAUUUCCUUUUACAUCAUCUAUAAGACUCAUAAGUGGGGUGGCAAGUGUCAUGUAGUUAGAUCAAGAAUAUAGUGUGUUUAGAAGCUGGAAGCACAAACGUGCUUUGUUGUUAUUCACUUUCCUUUACAUGGUUUAUGUUCUGGGACAUUUUACAUUCCUGACUUUCUGGAAAGAUUCCAGGCUCAAAGGAAGUUUUAGGGUCCUCUUCCUUUUUACCUCCUCGUUCAAAUGCUCUUGUGCAUUCGUCAGGAGGAUUACAGCUGUAUGAGUUCAAGAAGCACAGACUGUGGGGGAAGAUGUUCCUUAGCAUCCCUCACCACUCACUGUGGUUUUACAUGUUGCUUAUUGGAACCUGUUGUUUACACUGGCUAACAGUGUAACAUGGGCAGCAGUGUGAGAUGGAUAGCUACUAAACAACAACAUUUGAGAGUUCUGGAAAAAAAGCAUGCUAACUUCUCUUUUUUUUUUUUUUUUUAUUUGAGAGUGGGAGGAAGGAGACUUUUCUUGCAGUUUUAACAGUCAUAUACAAUCAUUUAGUUUAUUGUCAGUGGAAAUAUACAGUACAUCUCGACUAUGCUGUGAAAGCCUUUCAUUGCUUGAGUGUUGAGCUGUCCUGCCUUAUGUAAGCCAAAUGUUUUCGAAAUGGAGACACUUGCGGAAAGCUUAGAAUGUCUCUGGAGGGAUGUAUCAGGGUAGGGGCAUAUUGGUUUUGAGUAAGGAACUUGUAACCAUUUUUCCUAGCCAAAUUAUAUGUUACUAAUCACAGGAGUUCUACAGGGAAAAGCAAGUGAAGGUCCUAUAGAUAACUGCAGAGGAAGAAGAGAAUAUAUCAUCUCCUAGCCUUUUGUUUUCCAAGUCUAGCCUUAGAAAAUUAAAGGACAGGAGAAAAAUAAAUUGUUAAUACUGCUCAUGAAAUUUUAAACAUACAAACAUAUCCUGAAAUAUAGUAGCAGGAGGGUGAUAAACCCACACCCUUUCCACUGUUUUUCAGCAGUGGACAUGUUCAUGCAACAGCACUGAAGCCGAGCUUCUUACUGCAGGUACUUUUCCCAUUUUGGGAGUUCACUGCCCUUGUUUUGUUAGCCUCAGCAUUUUGAAAGUGUUGGCUCACCCGUGGUGCUUGCCAAUAUAUCACUGUCCAUGCUGCCUUUGCUCUUUGUAUUUACUGGUGUCUUAUGCUUCAAGGUUUCUGAUGUCCUUGAGAAACUGUGACCAUUUUUUACAUCUGAAAGAGUGCCAAUUCGUUUAUUAAGACAGAGUCUGUGAGGCCUGGAUAAAUUUAUUCUAUCUAACAUUUAAUAAAACAUUAAAUUAAAAAUGUGGCUUAUGCUGUGACAUACUCAGCAUUACCCUUCCAAGGUUUAUAUUUGACUGUUGCAGGGCCCUACUCUACAGAAGGUAACAUCCUAUCAAUCUAGUUCUGAGGUGACAAGGUCACUGAUUUUUUCCUGUGGUGGUUGUUUAAUAAUUAAUUUUUCAUUGCUGGUGUUUUCAAUGAAUAGAUUGCAACAUUUAAGAACAGUUGAAUAGGUUUAUAGGUUCCUUACAAAUUCCAAUGAUGAUAAUAGUUAAUAAGAGAAUAAUGAAUUUGCACUCGAAGAUCUCAAGAUCAAUUAAGCAAAUUAAAUCUGGCCUAUGCCUAAGCUGUGGCUGCUGUGGUGGUAGGUUUUUUGUUUGGUUGUUUUUGCUUUUUUUUUUUUUUUCACUAUAAAAUGUACCCUGUGUGGAUAAGUCUAUCUGAUGAUUUGUUGAAUUUCUUAGUGUUUCACUUGUCAUAUUAAUUUAAAUCUUUAAUCUGAGGACGUGGCAGGCAUAUGAAGUGGCGCAUUAAAUCAAUAUUAUGUUGCAGACAAUGUCUCUGAAGAGGUUGCCUUUGUGUAGGGGAAUGCAAUAAUAGGAAUAAUAAAAAUAAAUUGCAUUUGAUCUUUCCACAUAUGUUAUUACAAUGUUGUUCACUCAUUUCUAAAAACAUACAGCUCUGCUUGUAAAGACAAUCCCUUGCACAGUGCUUUGUCAAAUACUCAAAAUGCAAAGUACAAAAAUAAAAGAGUCCAGAUGGGGAAGUCUUGUCAGUUACUAUUAGGAUUUGUGAGCAUCAGCCCUAUGAAGAGGGAGUCUGUUGCUUAACAGACGUUUGCUUGGCAUUUAAAAUAGGUGGUGGUUGGUCUCAUUAGAGUUCCUGAUACUCAGAGAUAACCUCAUUAAGAAAGUUAAUAAAGGAAGAAGGUACAUUUGGUUUAUCUGCUUGCUUUAUGCUUUAUCCAGGGCCCAAUUUUCCACUUCUUUUCAAACUUCUUUUCUAUAUAAUCACUUGAACUGGGGUGAUGUUGUAAUUUCACAGCCAUCUCCACAUCUCUUCAUCAUUGCACACACAGUACACUGGAAAGGGAUUCAAAGCACUGUUAUUCAUUCCUGGCUCUGAAACUGUCUUACUGAGUAUCCAUUUACUUCAUUGUCCAUUUCCUACAUCUGUAAAAUACAAAUCAAGCUGAUUACCUCAGUAAGAUGUUUAGAUUAAUAAUGCUGGAUAAGAGCAUAUUAUGUGAGAGGCAAAACAGUGGGAAAGUGGGACAUUCAAUUUUCUAGAACUUUAGGAUCUAACUUAAGACCUUUUUUUACCAGUUCUUUUUUUAAAGUAAGUCUGCUUAGACAGGACCUUGCCAAAAAUCUGUGAUAUAACCUGAAAAGCAAGGAGGAAAAAAAAGACAACAACAGCCAAACAUGCCAACUACAUCUAUUAUUAGCUAGAUUCUAAAGAAACCAACCUUAGGAAAGACUACGUAUCUAAGCAAACCCCUGGUAACCAACUAUUCAUGUAACACAUCAAGACAUCUCUUUAGCUUUCCUUGUUCUUGACAUAAACCAAGGCUACCACCUCUCAAGCUUGCAAGCAAGGAAAAAGUGAGAUAAGAAGUAAUCAUUGCCUGGGUGGCAGUUAACAGUGGCUGCUGGUCCUGUUUAUCUGCUGAACAACUUUUAGAGAGGUCAUAGGCUGGGUAUCCAUAUGUAGUUGGAGAAAAGAAGGCCUUGAGAAAUGCAGCUGUUGUCGUUAUUGCAGAUAAAUAUGCAGCUGGAAAGUUAUGUUGCACUACCAAAGAGUAGAAAUAGGGUGGGAAGAUAUUGUAGUAAAACGUGAGAGAAAAACUUGAUAAAAAGAGGUUAAGGGUUAGUAAACAUCCUUUCCUAUGAAAGAGUUAAUUAUUUAGCUGUGGCUAGUGGGGACAACAUGUAUUUAGAGAAGGUGUUACUUGUCAUUAACUGGUAGUAGCCUGUUUCUAGUUUUAACAAUAGCUGAUUAAUAAUAAUGAGCAAUGGUGAGGUCUAUUCUGAGACAGUAGGUAUUUCACUACUUUAAGUUGAUCAGGUGCUGCAAACUGGAUUUGCCAUGUUGCAACUUGUCAGUGCUGUCUGCCAUUUUUUUCAGUAUUUGCCAUUUUCAAAUUUGGACAUACAAUGGCUGUUUAUCCUUUGGUAAGAGAUCAUUGCUGACCCAUUUCUGCACACAGCAAUUGCCAGUCGAUGGCAGUGGCUUUUUUCUCCCAACAGUAAAUGGUCAACACUGUGAGGCAAUAGGCACUAAGUAGUGAAUGCAAAUUGCAGCUACAGCUUCCUGCCAGCUAUAGGUCCUUAAUUAGUUUCUGCAGUGACCUUGUGAUUCACAGUGAGUGACGAGUAGUGAUACUUCACUAGUGGAGUAUGUAAUGACAUCAGGUAAGAAGUCUGGGGCUGAGGAUACAGGAAAUGUAGUAGCAAAAUGGGAUUAUUGUAGCUAGAAGGGAGUCAGGUAGCUUUUGUUUGUUUGUUUGUUUUUGUUUUUUGUUUGUUUGUUUUUAGUAAGAUUGAAGGUCUAGCAAACAAGCUAGUUAAGAUUUUGAAAUAAGAGGAGAGAAGAAAGGAGGCAGGAAGAGGGAUUGCAGCACAGAAAUCUUAGGCUGAAAUAUUAAGUGGCUCACCCAUUCAUUUGCCUUGUGCAUUCAUUUAGUCUAACAAUUGUCUUGAUAUUACUGUGAAUAAAAUCCACUUAAUAUUUAUGCUCUGAAGACCCAUGCAAUUUCAGUAAAGUCGUUCCUGAAACACAGUGGGAGAUUCAAACUCAGUGUAUGUGUGUGUACAGAACAGACACUAAAGCCCAAGAAAUGCUCUUUUCUGAAGGAUGUAAGGAGCAAUGGUGGGUGACUUGACUAAAAAUAAGCAUUCAGAAUAGACAUGAUAACAAGAUUUCUCCUUCAUGUGCAAUAAGUGUAUAGAAAGAGUAGCAACAGCAAACCCAUCAAGUUGGAAAUAUUUAGGGGAAAAUCAGAUCAUCUAGAAACUAAACUGUCUCCCAGAAACUGUAGGAAAACAAUAUUAAAAGUAGUGUCUUAAUGAUAGGUUUGUAUAGGCAAAUGGGAGAGCAUAGUAAUCUUUUUUUUUAUUAUUCUUUUUUUUUUUUUACUUCAAUUUAGGAAGUUAGCAAUAACACUGUAGUGAUGUAGAAAGGUAUGUGCAAAUGUUUGCAUGAAUUACUGGCCCUUUAAAAUUUAUCCUGAUCCUGCAUAAGGGAGGCAGGCAUUUAUUACAGUAAUCCUUAUUAUUGAAGAGAAUUUUACUUGAUGAGUAAGAUAUCCUUUUGUAUCCCAAAAUAAAUUUUUGAAGAGGGGAUGACUGAGAAGUUGUGUUUUCUUACCUGUUAGAACUAUGAUGAAAAAAAACUCUUAAGAAAUCAGCAAUAACUGAGUUUUAUUUAAAUGGUAUGCUUAGUUGAUUUCCAUUGCCUUGGUAUGUAACUCAUAUGUACAAUUAAAAUCAGCUCAGUUACAGUUUGGUUACCUUUAACUCUCCUUCUCUUGAAGCUAGUUAUUUCAGUGAAUCUGGGAGUGAAUGCUUUGAGGACAUUUGCUUUUAGAAAAACAUCAGGUCUUAGGCAGAAGGAAUGGUUCUUCUAACUCCAUCAAAAUUAUUUCUUCCAUGUUAAUGCUAUUUUCAAAGGACUCUGGAGGUGUUUAAAUGCCUACAUAAUAAAUUUGAUGUGGAUUAUUCAUGCUUCACUUUAAACUUUGGAUCGACACAACACUUUAUUUUUCAAAAAUAAAUUUUCAAAUAAGAAGUAGCAGUUAGUUAGGUUUUCAUUCAGUGACUGGGUUCCUUGUUUUUCAGGCCAUGGCAGGAAGAAUGAGAGUGAUAUUGCCUCAGGGUCCUUUUUUGAGAGUAGACAGUGUCAGAGGGAAAUAAGGGCAACUACAGAAAGCUCCAAAAUCGAAAUGUAGCAACACUUCCACUGAGCAUGUUUCUAUCCCACAUUUCUAGUAGCAGGGCUAUGCACUGAAAUAUCAGACUUUAUUUUCUUACAAAGAAGAAUGUAUACUGUCCGGUGUAAAAGUUAAUGGUCUUGCUAUCCAUAUUAAUAUCUAAACCUCCUUUGAAUCCUGCUAGGCUCUUAUCUUCAUUGAUGUCUUGCAGGAAUAUGAUAAAACAUGUUCCCUGACACCAACUUUCAUUUCUCUCAGGAAUGAGCUACUCAUUAUUAUGAGAAGAUAUUCACCAUGGUCUUCUGGUUCUGACAGACCUGAUCAAAUACCUUCCUACCAAAACUGGCCAGCCUCUUACUCCCUGGGACAGAAAAAAUGUGCUUCUCCCUCUCCACUCUAUUAAUAGUGUUUAAAUACUACUGGAUUGGUCAUGAGAAAUUGAAUUCAUACCUGCUGACAGCUACCAGCUCAGGCUUGAUUCAGUCACCCAUAUAGAUCGUUUAUGGACCAUGGACACAUUCAGGGCAAUGCUUCUUCAAAAAUAAGUAAGAAAGUAUGGUAUGAACUCUGUAUAAAUCCUCAUCAGAUUUAUAACAGGUGGGUUGAAGGAAAAGUAAUUGAGAAAAAAGAUGGGUGUACAGUGCAGGAAUAUGCAGAUUAAUGAAGUAAUCAGGACAGAGGGCCAGAUCCUCAGGGUGUUGUACAUCAUCAUCACUUCACUAAAGUUACUGAAGCUAUGCUGAUUUACAACACCUACAAAAUUGAUACAGCAGCAAAUCCAUAGUGAUAAUGUUGGUGUUUUCACCUGGUAACAGAGCUGCAAACAUCAGUGAUGACAGUUGGUUCAUGGGGCAAGUUUAGAACAGAACAUAGAGAAAAGACACCAUGCAUAUUUUCAGCAUGUGGGGAACUUCUGGAGUUUCCGUGUUCAGUUUCUUUUUACUGUUACAAGCAAUGACAUCUUAUAAUCCUAUUCAAUUUUUUUCUUAGAAAGGAAGUGGUUUGUCUAGGCACAGUGAUAUUUUAAGCACAGCUUUACUCUGAGAAACAGAUUGAAUGGAACUUCUAUCAUACGCUGCCCUCUGUUUUCUUUUAUGACCAGUUUUGCAUCUUUCAUUUGGAGAAAGAAAAUUAUGUAUUAAAAGUGCGGUUCUUAUUUCUAGAUUUUUUUUUUUCUGUUGUGGUUUUGGAUUGUGUGGGCUUUUUUUUUGUUUGUUUGUUUGUUUCCCUUUGACUGGGAUGAAUAUUUAGUUAAUUAGUUAUUGUAUUUUUCCUUAGUGGUAUUGUUAACCCUGUAAAGCUGGAAGAGUUGUGGAAGAAUAAGGUAGAUGGCCUUCUAGUUCAUUCAUAUUUCAAGGUAUUAAUAGUGUUCUCUUUCCAGAGCAUACUUCUGUAAAGACAACAGGACCUAUAUACACUGCCUAUGUAGCUAGAACUAGGAGCAUUGAGGAACACAACACAAAUUAACUACAACUAAUAAAUUGAUUUGGUGCUGCAUUGUACUGCAGCAUGGAGCUGCAUUUAACUUACCAUCUAGUAUUUGUUGAUCUUGGAAUGUCCAGCACACUCCAGUCCGCUCUUCUGUGUCUACUGAGGAAGGAAUUUCGUCUGCCAAAUCUUUAGUGCUGGCAGCAACAUACCAAGCCAGAAGGACAACAGCUUGGCUUACAAGUAGCAUGCUGAGUCUGCAAGGACCAGAUAGAUUGAAAGACUGUAUAUUUGGAAAAUUUGAUAGAGAAUCCUGCGGCAUUCUGAAAAUGCAAAAGUGUUCUAUGCUUUUUAUGAAUGUAAUUUACAGAAUAGGAUUACACUUUAGGUGAGCAUCAGCUUUUUAUGCAGAAAUUCUAUAUAAACUCUAAAUUUUUUUUUUAUUAGUAUUGGAAUGUAACUUCAAAAUAAUUCAAAUUUCUAUGUUGCUGUUUUUAUCUAGAGAUUUUCACUUGCUUCAGACAGUUACUAGAGGAGUGCAUAUAUGACGAUGUUGUGUGUAUGUGUCUGUGUGUGUGAGAUGUGAAAGGAGGAGAGAAAAGAGGACUUUUUUUAAUCUUCCAAAAUGCAUUUUCUUAUAAUUGAUAGAGAAGAUAUCAUGCAUAAGCAUUUGCUGUUCAUUCCUUAAACUCAGUCUGUUUUAUUUGAGUUCAUCAAAGUUUUCCUAUCUUCAGAGAAGAAUGAAAAUGAACAUUUUUUUGGGAAACGUUUCAUGAUAUUUUCAGGUUUUUCUUUAUCUACAUAAUGUUGAAAACCUCUGGGGUCUCCUGUUCUGAUGUUUAUCAAAUUCAGUUAAGGCACCAUCAAAUCUGUGCAAGGCAACUUGUACGGAAAUUUACUGUUAUAAGAGGCUAAUAAAAAUAAUCAGGCUUGUUAUCUUUCCAAAACCUUAUGUUCUUAUUUUCCUGAUCGAAUACAGUAUACUUUGAAUGAGAGCUGCUUAUGGUGUGAUCCUUAUGGUAAACAUGUUAAAAUAUCUUCAUAUUUUUAACCAUAUUAUCUAACUGGUGAGUUUUGGUUUCUCCUCUUUUUUUUUUUUUCAUUUGUUUUGUUUUGUUUUGAGAGAGAGAAAGGGAGGCAAAGUACUUUUGUUGUUGGUUGGUUGGUUGGUUUGGUUUGUUUGUUUUGUGUGGGAUUGGUUUGUUUGUUUUUAAUAACAGGCCGAGGAAUUAAGAUCGUGAGGAAGUUCACAACAUAGCUGCUAAAUCAAGAUUCUGAGAGAGGGCACUGUGUCACAUGCAAGAAUAACAUAAAUUCAGACAAUAUAGUGCACAUGUUCACUGGCUCAGUAUUCCUGAGGGGGGUGCACCAUAGAUAAACUCAUCUAAGUAUUUAGGAAAGUGGCAGCUUGAAGGAACUUCAGAGAAGUAUUGGCUAAUCUUAUAAAGUGCUACUUGCAUUAUCAGGCAGUUGCAUUCAUUACUAGAAAAAAUUGGUUGGGGAAUUAAUUGUACCGUUUCUUAAAGAGCUCACACAUAUGAAAAUACAAUUUGGAUAAUGAAAUCUAGAUUUUGGAAUCUGUUCACUAGCUAUAUUAUUUAACUAAUGGAAAAUAUUCUGUGUUAAAUCAGCAGCAACAGCAACACCCAAGAGUUGUUUUAGGAUAUUGCCCCAAAAUGGGCACUUUUUAGACUUGCACUGUGCAAUUAAAGUGGUUACACCAAGAAAUCACAGAAUGAUUAGGGUUGGAAGAGACUUCUGGAGAUCAUUAGAAAGAAAUUCUUUACAGAGAGAGUGGUCAGGCAUUGGAAUGGCCUGCCCAGGGAGGUAGUGGACUCGCCGUCCCUGGAGGUUUUUAAACUGAGAUUGGACAUGGCACUUAGUGCCAUGAUCUAGUAAACGGACUAGAGUUGGACCAAGGGUUGGACUCGAUGAUCUCUGAGGUCUUUUCCAACCCAGUUGAUUCUGUGAUUCUGUGAUCUAGUCCAGGAAAAGGAGAUUAAAUUGGUAAACUUGACUACUACAUAGAUUUUGGAAUAUACUCAUUAUUAAUAGGCUCAAACUCCCUUUUCAUAGCAUGUUGCAUUAAUGUGUAACUGUCCUGGUCUUCGGGGUGGUGUACAAACUGUCUUCAGUUCUGGUGAGUAUGCAGCAGUGAGAAUCAGUCUGCGAAUGUACUUCUCUCUGUGGUUUAUACUGUGCAAGGCAGCAGCUGAAACAGGUCUACUGUAAUUUGUGUGUGAUACAUAAUUUUUGAUCCUACAGAUACCAACAAUUUAUUUGGAACACCACAGUCCACAUACAUAUGGAAAAUCUUAGAUGUUUGUUCCAGUUGCUUUGUGAUUAUCUCUAUUAAAAAUAUAUAUAUAUAAUUAGCCAGUACGAAACUGGUGCUACAAAUACUACUAAAGUCAUCUGAAAAAAACGGAUGGACAAAUCAAAACCCCUAAAGAAUUACAUUGGGACAAGGUAAAAAAAAAAAAAAAAAAAAAAAAAAGAAAUUCAUUGAUUCCACAACAUAAUAAAAUGUAAUCUUGUAGAUCUCUGAAUUUAAUACCAUGUUUAGUAGGAGAUUUAGAACAAGUUAUAUGAUGGAAUCAUUAUAGAAAAUGGUGAUGUAAGAAGUACUGUAAAGAAAAAUAAAAAUCUGGAAGAGUUCUUAGACUAAAUUUCCAUUAAACCUCCUUAUAAGAGAAUAUUUAUAAUUUAUUUAUCUCUUGUAAUUCACCAUAUUAUGUUUCUUUAACAUGUUAGCAACAAGGCAAUUGAGAAAAGGACUCUUGUUUUGCACUGAUCUGACUUGUAAUUUGGCUAGAUGCAAUAUCUACAAAAAGAUGCUCCUCCCCUCUUCUGGGAGCAGCUGGACAUUGUGUAGGAGGAGAGAGGGAAGAGCAAAGUGAAAAUGAAGAAUGAGACUUGCAUAGCAGGGAAUAGUUGUAGAAGGGGGAGAUGGUAAAGGUUCUUGGGUGUUUUGUUCAUUUUUUUGUUUGUUUGCUAUUUGUUUUCUUCCCUAAGGGACAGUGACUUCUACGAAGAUUUUUGCAAUAUGGCAAGCUAUUGAAAGACAGCAGGUCUGAGAGGAAAAUAUGAGGAAUAGACAAAGCAGGCAGGAGAGAGACUUGUCUAUAAUAAUUUCUUUUAUUUUUUAUUACAUUCUGAGUUUUUUUUCCAUGUUAAUGUGUUUGUUUUACCAAUUUAUUUUUGAAUACAGCUCACUCUAGAGAGAAAAAAAAAAAAGGAAAAAUAAAGCCUUCUGUUACAUUGCUUGUAGAGCUCACCUGAAGGAAAAGGAAUGGGCAGGCUUACUUCCAAACUGUUGCUUACUGAAGUCUAGUCAUAGUAAAAAAAAAAAAAAAGAAAAAAGAAAAAAAAGCUUGUUAGAGAUGCUAGGCAAAAAAUUCCAGAUGGGAAAGCCUCAGGAACUUUUAGCCUGAUUAUAAACAGUAUGGUUAACUGACUCUGACAGUUAGUUAUCAAGACACCAGCCACCACAUCUGGUGGCUUUCUUUCUUCCUCACCAUCAAAUGGGUUUGUCCUAGACGUAGGUGGAGAAUGGGGCCAGACCUUUUGCCAGUUCCAGUGUUUUGGGAGAUUGUGUACUUCCCCCAGAGAACUGACCACUGAAGCAACCAGCCACGUCUGACAACCACAGUAACAAGAAUAACUUGGAAGGUGUUUUCAGAAUCUGGCAUUCAGGUAUUUUGACAGCAUACAUUUAAGAGUUUUUAAAUAACUUAUAUAUGUAAUGCACUUUAGGAAUGGUGACUGUGUAGCCACUCAGUAAGGAAAUAUUUAGGGUAAUGACAGCUACAGGUGAGUUACUGGGUCCAAAAGUGCUUUGGAAGAAACCUUAACGUAUUGCAGUGUAUAGGUAAAUUAAUAUUAUAAGAUAUAACUGUAGAUUCAGCAUACAUGUGGAUCUCUUUCUCUCUUUCCAUAAAUGCUGGAUUUAGGGAAGUUUUCUCAGAGUUAUUCUCUCACUGGAACUGACCUUUUUAAGGUUGAAACGAAACAGAAAAUACCAAAGCCUUUCUACCUCCCUAUGAACUCCAGUCAGUUCAUAAGGGCAGGUUGUUCUUUGAGAGGUAUUUGAAGUAGCAGGUUUAUUUAGCUUAGGUAUUUGCAUGAUUUUUAGACCCCUGAAUUAAGAGAGGAUUUUAUGAAUUUUAUUGCAAAAGUAAUUAUAUCUUCAUUUAGAUACAGACUGGCAAUUAAUGGGAAUGAAAAUGCAGGAUGAUUCUAUAUAAUUUGCAGCUAGGCAAUUCAAGGAGUUGUGUAGGGGGUGAUAAAAUGUUCUUCAGUUUUUGUAUAUUAAGUCCAGAAUGGGACCUAAAGCCUUUUCCAGCCAUCUACAAAUAGCAAUUUUCAUUUGCUAUGAUUAGGACUGAGUCUGAUAUAAGGUCAACAGCCGAUUCACUAAGUCGCUUGACCUCCUUUCAGUGUCUUAUUUCAAUACUGAACCCUGCCCUUUUUAUCUUUUGUAUCAUCAGCUGAGUUCAUUUUGUGGUUUUGUUUAGUCAACAGUACACAUUUUUAUAAAUGUAUGUCUAUAAAUACAUGUCUAUUUACAAACAUUAAAUUAAUUCUCUUGUGGCAUAAUACCUUGUAUAUUAACUGACAUUUUGCUUCUAGAAGGUAAAAGUAAUGCUUUCUGUGUCAAGCUCAGGUCACACAGAUGUCUCUUAUGGUGUCCAUGUAUCAAUGUUAAAUUGCUUGGUAUAUACAAGAGAUCCAGAACUUUUAUUGAAAUCUCUGUGCAACCUCAACUCUAAAAUGGAAUUCUGAGAAACUUGAAAUUUAUGUUUUAUACAGAAUUUGUCAAAUUGGCUUUCUACUUGAAUUCCAAACUGGAUAGGUAAUACACAAUUCUUUUUGUUUGUUUGUAUUUCUUUUUAUUUUAUUUCUUCUUUUUUCUUUCCCCCUGCUAUUUAAAUUUUUAAAUAAUUUGGGAAGAUUGGAAUGAUAUUUUUAAAAUGUUGACAGCAUCUGGGCAGUCUAGCGUUACAUUGUUUUAUGAUACUUUACCAGUCAGCCUAGAUUUCAUACUUUUAUUUUUUAUUUUUAUUUUAUUUUUAUUUUUAUUUUUAUUUUUAAUCUUAUUUUUAUUUUUUAUUUUUAUUUUUAUUUUUAUUUUUAUUUUUAUUUUUAUUUUUAUUUUUAUUUUUAUUUUUAUUUUUAUUUUUAUUUUUAUUUUUAUUUAUUUUUUCUCACUGUCAUAAUGUUUUUGACCACAGCUACAUGUGAAUAAGUGUUGCAGGCUUUAUUAUUCCAGUUUACUUUUGUUAUAGUUUGUGAUGCUCAGAAAUCUCACAUUGUGCAUCUAUGGAUUUUAUUUUGGAUAUUCAAAGUCUUGACUGUCUGGGCAAUUUUUUGCUCUGUAAUAUUUGUCUUACUGAAGUCAGUAGGGCUCCUUGUGUUAUAGUGAUGGUUGUAUUCUUGUUCUUUUUUAUUACAUAUAUCUAUUAUAGUAUUAAUUGGUAUAAUUUAAGUUAUUGAACCUGGUAAUUCUUUGGAUAAGUUCACAACAAGGGCACAUUGGCUGAAUGAAAAGUUGUAUAACUUUAAAAUAGUCAAUAAACCAUUUAAUGUAUCAACACCAUAUACUAUUAGGCAGCAGUGCAGUAAUACUGAUCAUACAGCAAUCUUUAGAGUUUAGUCUGGAAGAAGAAUAAGGUAUUAUUAUUCUUUUUUAUUUUCGUUGUUAAUUAAAAAAUAUAUAGAUGAGAGUAAUGGAAGAGACGAGCAAGUUUCUUCAAAUUAUUCUUUCUGAAUAAAUUACCUUUGAAUAGGUCCUAGCUUAAAAACCAACAAAUAUAGACAAUUAAAACAGUCUAAUUAAAGAGAUUGCUUCAGCUUCUUAAAACACAAUUUGUUUAGGAAAUUAAAAACCUAUUAUAAUAUUCUGAGUGCUAUCAGUAGAAUUAAGCGAGGUUUUUAUUUUCAGUAAAUGACAAGCUGUGUAGCAGACUGUGCCACACCCUGCAGUUUCUCUCCCCCUCCGUUUUAAGAUUAAGAGCCUCAAGUAUCAUUAACAAUCAAGGCAGGCUUUCCUACAGGAACAGUAUCAUUACAAAUAAGUAGCUUAAUACUCUGUGCACGUUAAUGCACAGAACAAAUCCUAGCACCGAUUUGCUAGCACUGAAACCCAUUAGAACACUGGCCCCAAAAGGAGCAAAUAAUUGAAAAUGCACUAAUUAUCAGUCAGGCUCUUCGGAAAGGUUUUGGGUCAACGCCAGACAUUAUUGAGAUUUUCAGUAAGUUUGGACUGAGUUUUUUGUUUGGUUCUCUGAAAGAAACUUUUAGAUACAGAAUUUGUUUUAUGCAUCCGUAACUUGAGACUUUAUGGAUUCAUGCAAGUUUUUGUGAUAAAAGAAAGUCCAUAUUUAGUGAAUACCAGUAUACUGCUAGAAUAGGAUGUCCUAGUACACUGUUUCACCUCUGAAACCUAUAUUCAGCCUGUGCUUGGGUCUUGAACCUGGGCCAGGUCUUGUCCUUUGUCAGGAAGCUGAAAAGCAGUCAGCAUAAAAUAAUGAAUGAGUAAAUGUUUACACCAAUGUCACGGCCGGUGCACUGUGGACUCUCUGUGCGGGGGGAGCUUGUCUGUGAAAAAUGGACAAUGUGUGAAUUUAUGGCUCUGUCAGGUCAUUUUCAUGGCUAAGGGAAUGGGUAUAGUGGUUAUCGACCAGCAGAGAAUUUAUAUCUAGGAUUGACUGUCGUUGUUCAGUACAAUGGAUUGUUUCUCACACAUCUCAUAAAUAAUGUCCAGCUUUUCAUUCAAACUGAUGAGUAUACCAAAAAGUUGUAUUUUCUGCUUUUCCUCUGUGUGUUGUUGAAACAGUGAUGACAUCUUGCCACUUUCUUCUGCUGCGUUUAUGUCUAUGAGGCCUGAGAGAGAAAAGAUAAACAGCUAUAGAAGCGCCUACUUGUUUAUUUAUUUAAUCAGUCAAAAGCCAUCUGUUACAGGAUGUGUACUGAUACUGCCUUUCAUCCCCAGCUGAGUCAGUGGUGGGAGUGGGUUCACCACACUUCGGCAUCUCAGGAUGAAAAUGUUCCAGGAAGGUGGUAGAUACUGAAGUUUCUGCUAAGUGGGAUGUUCAUUUGCUUCGGUGAAACUUAAUUAGUUUUUACAGUGCUUCGUAGCCUGGCAGGGUCUUUAAGGCACAUAUUCCUUCAACUAAGCAGAGAAAUGUCAUCCUGUAGCUCUUUAGUUAUAUAUGACCUGAUAAAAGCUCAUGGUUAGCUAAGAUUGUACUACCUAACUCAAAGAAUCCAUCAUUUACCCUCUCGGUGAGAGGACCACAGUCCUUCCCUCCUGUUCCUUUCAGCUGCACUCAUGAGACAAGGUGAGAGUGGGAGGAGAAAAGGGAUGCUUCAAAUAGUCAUGGAAAUUUGCUGUAGGUUUUUCCAGACUACAUUCUUCAUUUGUGAGUGGCUUCCACACAGGCAGUGGAAGAAAAUGCUGACUACAAAACUUGUGGUUUUCAGGGAUUAUCUGGGAAAUCAGAUGUCACUGUUAUGUGUCUAGACCUUCUUCUGAUGUGAUGGUCCCUCUGUCCUCUUCCAAGCCAAUGUAGUAUUCACUCUGUUUCUACAGUAACUGGGUCAGACCCCAGAUCUGCCUGUCCGCUUAAUGCUUGUCUAGCAACUGUAUACUGUGGUGGGUCACCUCUGUGGUGAUACUGCGGCUUAAGCAGAUGUUCCCAAUAAGCCUGAAGUGAGUCAACUUUGCUUUCUUAAGAAUGUAGACAUGGACAGCACGUGGGAGCUAUUUGCUGAAGUGUUUACUCAGCAUCUGCUGGAUGGGGCAAUCCUUAAUGGACUGAUAUAAUGGAUACACUAUUAUGUAAAAAUGUGAGUGGUAGCAACUGUGGUAUAGUUUACACCACAGUGGUAAUAUGUCUUCUGGGGAUUUGAACCUCAACAUGCAUGAGAGCUGUGCCCGUUUUAUUUUUUGUGUUUUUUGUUUUUUUAUUUGUGGUGGGGUUUUGUUUUGGUUUGGUUUGGGUUUUUUUGUUUGGUUUCAUUUUGGUUUGUUGUUGUUGUUGCUGUUUUGUUAUAUUUUGUUUUUUUUACUUCCACUUCAUUCUCCCUCAGAACAAAGAUGUGCCCGUUCUUAUGAUGUAAAGCUGUAGCCUAUUGUAUUCCUCUCAGGAAGAAAAUUUCUUUUUACUAAUUUCUGAUGUUUUACAUGUACUGUUGCAGCAAUCAAAGUACAAACUGCAUGGGUUUAUGUUAGAAGGCACUCCUCUUCGUGAUAAAAACAAGUUUGAUUUAAAAAGGACUGAUGUGGAUAGUUUUUCUCCGAGUACUUUAUUUUAAUUCAGUUUAGUAUUCUUAGGUGUGUUUUAACUGCUGUAUAUUAAUUUGGACUUCUUUCCUACAUCUUUGUGAAGGUAGUUUGUGGUUGCAGUUGCAAUAAAUCACCAAUGAACACUAAAUUGUUUCGCCUGGAUUUUAAUCUCUUAAUUUUGGGGUUAGAGAAUAUUUGGAUUUGCUUUGGUUUGAAUUAUUUCUUUCUGUUGUUUGAAGAAAACACAAUUAAUGCUGAAGCAAGAUCAUUUUGCUUAAAAAAGGGAGAACAGUGCAUUCAAUGUGUGUAUUUUUAUUCUCAGAGUCUCAGAAGUGAAUUCAUUGAAAGCAAAACUAAGCUAGCGAUUCAGUGAUAAAGCACCAUGCUGCCACAUGGAAGAUUUAAGUUCAAAUUUACAGGUUUUUCAUAGUGCUUUCGAGUAUCUGUUUUAAGCAGACAUACUAUAAUUUCUUAACCAUUUUCCUCUUUUCAUACACUGAAUUCCUGUAACUGAAAAUGGGUGCAGAACCUGUAUUCAAAGGACAAAAACUAUUCAAGAGAUCCUGCACUAAGCAUCUGCUGUCCCAUGGCAAGGGAUCAUCCCAAUAGAAAUACUGCAGAAGCGCAGGGUGAAACUGUUUCUGAAUGCAGGUCCGGUGUUAGCUGUGUGAGACAUUUUUAUGUUUGGAUUUGGGGUUUGUUUUUAUAGUAUUUGCACUCAAAAAGAGAACCUAACUGCAGCUGAACCAUAAUACUUCAGCAGGCUUUGCUUGCUAUAGCCUGUUAGACAUGGUUCCCUUAGGAACUGCAGACUCCCCUCAGAUGCCUCUGAACAGACAAGAUUUCUUUUUCUUGGCCUGUGGAUUUGAUCCCAAUCGACAGGGAUCCCAGAGCGCAACUGAUACUCUCGCCUUUGAUCCGUCUGGAAGCAAACCCUGCUGCUAUGCAGCUGGUGGGCUUAGGCAAUGUCUACACAUAGAAAGGUUCAAAUAAAACUCAUCGUUGACCUUGUUUGCCUGUUUCAUCAUGGUUUUCUUUUUUUUUUUUUUUCUUUCCUUUUUUUUUUUUUUAAUCCAUUAUGAAACUGAGAUCGAAUGCACACUAAUGCUGAAAACAAGAGGCCUAUCAUGGACAACCAAGGGGAUGUGUGUCCAGUGGAGUUAAAUAUGUCUCAAGCUCCCAUAUAGUUAGGUGACAAAGAGGUCUUGACAUCCUUUAUGAGCCUUAUCCCUUAUGAAUUUGUUAUAUUUUAUUCCCAGUAUAGUACUUCCUUGCUGUAUCAGCAAUGCCAAUGUAAGUUUUGUGUUUAAUCCCCUGGAUUUUAUCCACAUGUCUAAAAUGCAUCCCAUAAGCUUUCGGAGAGCUUACAUCCAGUAUUUGGAAUAAGCAAGUAGGAUUUAUUGAAUAGUGCUUCAUUUGUAAGAAUGUCCAUGCUUGGUUCUGUGGCCAAAAUUGUGUUGAUAGCAUACAAAUUUCUGAAGAGAAGAAAGAUUAUGUGUUCGUGAUUCAUAAAGAACAAGUAUUCUUCUUUCUCAUUAAUUUACUUGUGGGUUGUUUGUUUGUUUGUUUUUUCCCAAUAUAACAAGUUGUGUAUUUAGAGGAGGCUGUAAAUAUGCGUAUUUUUAAUGGUAUAAUAGAUCAGGCUUCGUGCAACUCAAAAAACCAAUAUGCUUAUAAAGCACUGGACUGAGAUCUAGUGUUCAGUCUCUAAAUUCUUCAAGGAUUUUAAAUAAUUCUUGGUAACUCACUUAUCUCUGUAAUUAAUUUAACAUCUGCAAAGUAAAAGAGAUUCUUACUUUUUUCUCUUCCUUAUAUAUUUCACUAUUAGGAUUUAUGAGAAAAAGAUUUUUUUAAGACUGUUUCUAUUGAACAAAUUGAACUAGCUGUAUCUUAUCUGGGUUUUUCAGAUAAUCCUCUAAUUUAGUCAAAUGAGAAUAUUAAAAAAAAAAAAAGAAUUAGUCUUUUUUUACCAUUGUGAAACACAAAAGAGAAAUAUAGUCUUUUUAAGCAUAAUACAAGUAGGAAUCAUUCUUAUGUUUGUAGAUUUUUUUAAACUAGAACUUUAUUCUUGCAUUGGAAUGAAGGCAAAUGUUAUUUUUUUUUUUCCUUUUCUAAAAUCAAAAAUGCUUUUCCAUUUGUAUCGCAUUAAAUAGCUUGUUUUUUACAUAUAAAAGGAUAGUGCUUGCUAAGAUUAAUGUGUACUUGCAUUAUAUAGACCAACAUACACAUUUUAAUGCCUUGCAUUCAAAUUCUAGCUUAGACUAUUUUUAUGACUUUCCUUACUAUGAAUUUCAUGUGUCGUUUCAUCCGGUGAGUGAUUCAGUCUCUAAAGUCUGAUAAAGAAAAUAAACAUCUAACAGCACAGUCACCAAUGUUGUUGUACCUUUCAGAAAGCAGUAUUACCCUUAAAUCUCAAGUUUGUCUUCACAGGAUUUGAUAUAAAACAGUACAUUAUAUUCAGUCUCAGUGCAUGAUGUUACUAAAAUUAAUAUUUAGGCAGCUUAGUAAGGUGUAAGAGUUCUAGUAUGUUAUCUCAAAACCCAGCAAGUCCAUCCCUGAAGAGUCAAAUAUUGAGGUAAGAUCUGGCAAUAACUAAUGAUCUCUAAAAUGAAGGUUCUGCCACAGCUAUGUAACAUGGACAUGUCCAGGGUUUGACAGCAUCUGGGAAGACAAAAAUAUAUUUUCUUCACCUAUUAAGAUACAGAAAAUACUUCAGCUUCCAGCAUAGCCUGCAAAUAAACAUUUUAUUUCUAACUUGCAUUUUAAUUUGCCUUUGAAUAUGUAGUGUGUCUGAACAAAAGCAUUUUCAGUGACUUUAACUAUUUGAGUUACCCCAAAGCAAGAUUUAGAUUAUUAUAUAACUUCUGGAUAUUAGUCUGAAAGCCAACUAAAAAUGCCAGAGCUAAAGUUUCUGGGAUCUUUCAUCCUAAUUGGCAAUAGCAUACGUGUAUGUUUCAAUUUCUAAAUCUUGAUGCAUGCAAAACUAGAAUUUGAUAAUCUUGUAUGACAAACACCUAUUCUUGUAUGCUCAAUGAUCAACAUUAUUACCACUGUCUGCAAUAGUAAUGACUAAUGCUACUAUUAUUUUAAAAUAAACACUAUACAAUAGAACAGUUCAGUUGGAAGAGACCCAUGAUGAUAAUCUCUUCCAACUGCCUGUUGGAUUUAGCUCCUUGAUAUAACUCAAACCGAUGCUGGGUAAAUACUUAAAAUAGGCAAAAUAUUUAUUAAAAAGGUAAAUAUUCUUCAAAUUAUAGAGAUCGUAUACAUAUGGCUAGUAUUUUCAAGUCAUUAAUUUCAUACUACCUCAAAAUUUGGAUCAUCUCCAGUAGCUACCUGUUGGCAAGACCAACAACAAGUACAAACAACUUCCAGCUAAUUGGAAAAGGAAAAGAAAUCCAACAGCAAACUGUUUACCUUGCACAGAUCACUCAGCUAAAGGCAGCGUAAUGCUUUUUGGUACAUGCUGAUAUACAGAUCUCCUCAAGUUAGACAAGGGUUUGAAAAACUAGAGCUCAAUGUUUUAUUUUGAAUUUUUGGUGAGUUUUAAUUGUGUAGUUGCCAUCUUCUCAAAAUUCCUAUUGUUUGCUAUAGACCAAUUUUUAGCUUACAUCAGAGCAACUCUCUCAAUUUGAACGCAUGUUGCAGCCUUCCAAAUCAUUGUUCCUUUUUUUUUUAAAUAUUUUAUUUUUAGGUCUUUGUUAUCAUGCACACGUUGGAAGUUGUUACUUUCACCUGUAAGAAUAUCUGUGAUUCUUUGCUCUACAGUACACAGAUGGACGGCUUAAUUUGAAAGACUAACGGCGGUGUUUUAGAAGGUUUUCUGCUUACAUUGAUUAGGCAGUAUUCAGACAAUUCCUUCUGCUAGCGCUUCUGUGGGAUGCUGACUUCUUAAACCAUUAAAGCUGUUACUAAAGUGGUUGUGAUUAUUCCUUUGCAGUGCAAAAAAAAAACCUUAAAAUAUACGAAAACAAAUAAUCACAUGAGUAUUUUCUAAGGGAUUGAUUCUAUUUAUAAAGAUGAUUUUAAUCAGACUGCAGCACUGGCCAGAGAAGAACCUGAUGAAAUUCAACAAGGGCAAGUGUAGGGUCCUGCACCUGGGGAGGAAUAACCCCAGGUACCAGUAUAUGUUAGGGGUGGACCUGCUGGAAAGCAACAUUGUGGAGAAGCACCUGGGAGUUCUGGUUGACAACAGGUUGAUCAUGAGUCAACAAUAUGCCCUUGUGGCCCAGAAGGCCAAUGGUAUCCUUGGGUGCAUUAAGAAAAGUGUGACCAGCAGGUCGAGGGAGGUUAUACUCCCCCUCUGCUCUGCCCUGGUGAGGCUGCAUCUGGAGUACUGCAUCCAGUUCUGGGCUCUCCAGUUUAAGAAGGAUAAGGAAUUACUGUAGGGAGUCCAGCAGCAGGCUACAAACAUGAUUAGGGGUCUGGAGCAUCUUUCUUAUGCAGAGAGACUGAGAGAGCUGGGUCUGUUCAGCCUGGAGAAUGCUGAAAGGGGACCUUAUUUGUGCUUAUAAGUAUCUCGAGAGGGGGUGUCAAGAGGAUGGGACCAGACCUUUUUCGGUAGUGCCCAAUGAUAGGAUGAGGGGCAACAGGCACAGACUGAAGCACAGGAGGUUCCAUCUGAAUAUGAGGAGAAACUUUUAGGGUCCCAGAGCACUGGAACAGGCUGCCCAGAGAGGUUGUGGAGUCUCCUUCUCUGGAGACAUUUGAAACCUGCCUGGACACAUUCCUAUGCAAUCUGCUCUAGGUGAACCUGCCUGAACAGGUGGCUUGGACUAGAUGAUAUCCAGAGGUCCCUUCCAACCCUAACCAUUCUGUGAUUCAGUAAUUCUGUAAUUUCCUUUGUACUGAUUUUAGAUUUUAGAUAUUUUUUUUUUUAAUAUAACUGUUUGCGGGUAGUUGAUUUUAGGUUCUACUUCACUGAUAUACAUUUUAAAAAGUAAUCACUAAAGUUUUGAAGUUGGAUGAUCUUUGAAUAAUUGUUAGUAAAAUGUACUUGUUGUUUUCCUGUUUCUUCUGGAAAAGACAAAAUGAAAAGCUAGCUUUAGAAUCUGCAAAGUCACUGUGAUCUUACUUUUUAUGGUGGGUAAAAACAGAAGGAAUACUUUAACAACUUUUCUUGUUCUAUUUGAGUAAACAUUUUGGAAUGGAAUAAGAUUUAAGGAGCUGCUUAGAAAACAAAUAUCAAUGUAAUCAACAGAUUUUUCAGCAAACUGCUUACUUGCAGAUCCUUUCAUGACCAUACACUGAAACAGUAUGGAUAGUCAGUGUCUAGCCUGACUAGCAUCUUCCUGGGGUAAAUCACCUAAGAAUUUUUCGGCUGUUAUUCUUAGUGAUAUUUAUGGAAUUUUUUGUUGUGCAGGUAGAGAAAUAGCACGCCUUUGUUCCUUUAAAGGAAGCUGAAGGCAAUCACGCUGAGUCAGAUGUGGGUAGGACAAUUGUAUAUGAGUCCAAUAUCACCUGUACACAAAAGAGUCCUUUUAACUGUAAAGUUUUCUUUCUUACAGUAACUUCUAUGCGUUUAAGUACUGAGUGUAUUAUCUCUGGCAGUGUUUGAGAUAGCAUAACAUCGUGUCACAAGCAAGUGGGGAAAUUUUGAAAUAUGCCUCCAAGUCAUGGUCCACCAAGUGCAUAAGUUAGUAUCUGUCCACAGAACAACCAACUGGAGAAUGGAGUUGUGGGCAUGGAGUAGAGAAGUGUUGGUACAGAGUGAGAAGCUAUACAAGCACAGAAGUUACAGUCCUUGUUCCCUAGGCAAGAUGGGAAGUGACAUUGCUUUAUAACUGUACAGUUGCACUUUUUGUUUUGUGUUAUAUUUCAAUCUGUUUUGAGAAUUAAUUAGACAAAUAUUUCAGUGAUGCAAUUUUUGCAGCAUCAGUAAUCUCCUACACAUGACCAAUCUUAAAAUAGCUAUUACACUGGUCUGAUGGACAGGAACAUGAUAGGAAAACAUAGAUUAGCUUGGAAUUUGCAAUUAAAUAGUACAACAGUUAACUUUAAGGCCAGUGACAUUAACCCAGUGCUGUAUUAGGAAUGACUUCAAAGAAUAUGUGAUAUCUUAUUUCAAAUUGUUUCCUCAGUGUCUUCUUCUCUAUGUUUGUGAAUGUUGAGUAAAUUCUGAACCCCUAGAGAGUUUGCCAUUAUUCAUUCUCGUGGAAAUUACUUUGUUUACUGACAUACUUUAUUCUUGUUCACCAGUUACUGUAUAAAUGAUGGAUUUCAGAAAGUUUUUGAAAAAAGAAAAAUUAAAAUUGUUCUUUGGAGGGUUAGUUAAUGCUUCUGUCCCUGUGUCUUCUCUACCAUGCAUAGUCUGAGAUUUAUUUUUUAAAUACAGCACUUGAAAGUGUUGCUAUGGGGCUCAUACCAUGCUGUGUUUUCCUCCUCUCUUCAUGGAAAGUCCUAGUUAGGCCUCAGGCUUGUCUCACACGUGCACCAAAUUAUCAUUCAGAUCAAGAACACAGUGCAUUGUUAUUGCUCAGAGUGUUAGCUUACAUUUUAGCGUCCUUCAGUUGGAGUUACUUUAAUUCCUACUAACUCAGUGGGCAUUUUUUGUAGACUCAUAGAUAUUAGGAUUUGUAAAGGUCUAUUGGAUUGUGCAGCAUCAGCUUCUACUAUAAGAGGAAUUUUCUAGGCUGAUUUGAAAUAGUGAGAUCUCAAAUAGAACGUCUUUUGCCUUUCACCUUUUUAGACUGUGAGGUUUUUUGUGUGUGUGUGAAAAAUGUUUUUUUAAGCCUUGUUUCUUUGUUUUCCUUGAUUCUUAUAUUUAGCCUUCAAACAGUUUUUGUUAGGUGUCUUAAAUUCUUAUUGGAGUUGUAUUCUCUCACCUUAAAGGUUGAUAUUGCUAAGCAAUGUAUUAACAAGAGCUGAAAACAUUAUUAGAUACUGGAACAUUUGGAACAGGAAUGAGAUACAAUUUCCCUGUCUUCAGAGGAACUUACAGUUAUUAUUGCCAGCUGAAGUAGUAUACAUGUGUAUUCUAGUACAUAGAAAAGCUUUAUUUAAAAAAUGUGUGCUUUCACAAUAUGUUAAGUAGUGUGUAAAACCAUCAGCUAUUAGUUGAUAUUUUACAGUUGUCAUAUAUUUUGAAUUUUCUAGUCCUGAUGAAAUGAAAUAAUUGAUGAGGCAAUUUGUGGUACAGCACAAAUAUAUAACAUUCAUCAGAUAAAUAUGGCUGCUGAGGAAUUAUCUCAUAUUUAGUAGCAUUAACUUUUCUGCCCUUUAUAUAAUGGCAUAAAAUGCUUCUGGAAUGAAAACAGGUCUUUCCUUGAAAUAUAUUCUCCAUUAAUAUUGCUUGUAAUUUCUGCUAUGUAUCACCAAUUAUACCUUGGCACUUUGCCUAUCAUAGUGGAUAUGCUGUUACAAUUGCAAAACCAUUUCAUCUAGAGGACCUGGUGGCCUGGAACAGUGCAUUACAUUUACAGAAGAGAGAGAGAAUUUGGGGAGAAAUGCAAUUUUCCACAAACUCUUGCUAAUGGAGGCUGGAUGCCUACCAGAAAUGAUGCUAAGGAGAUCUGAGGUAUGAGAGAGACAGAGAGACCUUCUGCUCAGUUGCCAUUCAAGCUACAACCUGCUAUGACAGUUGUCAACAUUGCCCUUUCUGAUUUCUCCCAGUUGUAUUCCAUUUAUUAUAAGCACUUCAAAGAGACACCUGCUGAGGAAUCCAGAGGAGAAUCACUGCAGGAGUCCGGCUAACAGAUUUAGUAAAAAGCAUCGUUGCCCCCUGCUAUGAGCAAUAAUUUAAUGAGCACUUCACAACAACAAUAUCAAAAUAGGCAUGCCCCUUGCUUUCAGUGGAGGAAACAGGUAAGAAGAGUGGGCUUCCAAAAUGCAUCUUGUGCUUUUGCGGCUGGGAUCUGGGCCUCCCUUUUUUUGCCUCAAUACAGUGAGCAGAGAACAGAAGUAAGUUUAAAUCUUGACCUGUUAUCCAGGAUACAUGAUGUCUGAAAGUGGACAAGCACUCUAUGGUUUUCUUACUAGCUUCUAAAAGAUUUUUUUUUUCCUUUUGGAAAAUGAAAGAGAUGUGAGAAUGGCUGUCUAAGCACUUUUGUGUAAUUUUGAAGGGAAGAUGCACAUUACUAAAGCAAUAGGCAAAGGGAAAUAUAUAAAUCUCGGAAGUGUUUUGUAGAAUGUCAGGUAAAAAUUAGUGGAGUAAAUCAAUACAAGGCCUGCAGAGUGUAGGAGAGAUCUUUAUUUGAAGUUAGUAACUCUACUUAUGGGAUGUCUGAGUGGCUUAUUCUGACUGGUUCAGAAGGAGGAUCCUUGUACUCUCCACCAAUAAAACCCCUUGCAAUGUUAUUCUGAUAGAGUGGAAAAAAUAAAAAUAUAUAUAUAGCCAAUGAAUAACAAAAGACCCUUUGCAAAAAAGCUAUUGUCUUGAGAGGGGCUGAGCAUGACUGUCUGUGGUACUUGUUUGGGGGAACAAUGUUGACUCCUAAUUUAAAAAGACACUUCUGAAAAGUACAUUUUAAUCUCAGUUAGUGGUAUCAUCUCCAAACUAAAGUAAAACAAAUAAAAGUAUACUAAAACAAAUGCACAAAAUGUGUAUGAGCACAGCAAAAUAAUCCACUGGAGUACCGAGAAAAUAACAUUAUCCAAUGAAGGGCUACAUAGUUUCGCAAAGACAAGGUAUUUGAAUGCAGGAAUAGUUAUUUAUUUGCACAUCUAAUUAACUGUCUAAAAUAUAGACACGUUAAUACCUGGCACACAUUUUACAGGCACAGACCUAAUUAUUUAACUUUUGAGAUACAAAAUUGUCUUCUUAUUAAUGUCUUAUAUACUUGUUAUAGAUCAGUGCCUGUCUUUCAGACUAUUCACUAGAGUUUACAAAAUCUGUUGUUCUAUGCUCCUAAUUCAGUUUCUUUUCAAAGAGACACUAUAGGAGGCCAUCACGAGUACACUAAUAUGGGGCAAGCUGUUACUAAUAUCAAAUCAGAACUCAUUAAACCAGAGUGUUGGAGAUACCAGUCCGUUAUUAAAGUCAGGUUUUGUCAGUGCAUUUCUGUCAAUGAAGAAGGUGAAUAGUUCAUUCAGGAUUACUAGUGCAGUUGCUCAUAAUUAGCCUACAGGAUGUUGAAUGUCGGUUUGUUACAUCUUUAGACUUCCUACUCCCCUGGGGCCUGAAAAUUCAGUUCAACAUAUCAUAAUGCACCUUCCUAUUAUAUCCUGCCUUAUUUGUGUGGUUCGUUUUGUCUUUUUUUUUUUUUUUUUUUUUUUUAAUUUGUUGUUGUCUUUUUUUUAAGAAGGAAAUAUUUUCUUUAGUUACUUACCAAGAAGCCUCUUUUUAUGCAAAAUAGCAUUAUUGACAUGAACUUGAUCAAUCUCAUUUUCUCACUUUUACUGGGUCUUACUAUGACUUUUCAGCUUCACAGAGAACAGACAGCUGGCUUUGUAGCUUGUAGGAGUGUGGAUAUCACUGAGAUCUAGAUAAAAUUAAUGUGACUGGGAGUUAAUUUUCUUGUCUACGUGCUCUGCAUUGUGGGGUGCAUCUUUAGGUUUAACAGUUGUGCUGGAAACGUAGUCUGCCUUCAGAGCUCGGUAGUAUGAACAAGAGGAGAUAAGAGGAUUCACAGUCAGAGUAAUUUCUAACUGAUGCUGUUAAACCUUGAUUUAGGAUAUUUCUGCACAGCUUGGCCUAUGCUCACAAAAUGAAACUGGUGGACUGUGCUAAGAUCAUAGGCAGUGAUUAAACAUUUAUAGUUAGCUGGUAUACUAUGGUAUUGCUGCUGCCCAGAGGCAAAGCAUUGUAAUGCAGAUUCAGUAUAGCUGCUGCAGGAACAAAACAAAGGGAGAUGUAGAGUCUUCUGCAGUACUGGCUCCUGGCUGUUCUCAAAACUACGUGUAUUUCUCUUCUGUUAUUUUUUUAUUUUAGUAGGAGGACAAGGGGAAAAGUAAAUGGAGGCUGUUAAUAGUGCUUCAAAAACUAUAGCUUCCAUCUUUUGUCUGUCCUUUUCAUCUGUCCUCUGCUUAAAGUUUACUCUGGUAUAUGUUAGUUUACUCUGCUUUUGUAAACUGUUUUAUGCAAUUAAAUUCUGUAGCCCUAAUGCAAGUAUGUAUUUGUGCUGGUGGUGAUGGCUCAGUCGCAACAUAGAUGAAUUAAUUAGAGUGUCUGCUUGUAGAGGGCCACGAUUUGCUGAAGAAAUAUGUGCAGACAUUUGGAUUUUAAGUGCAUUCCUGUCCUGUCCUGUCUGUGAUCACUUUAGGUCUAUAUAUGUCAAUCAUGUUUAAAACAGAGGGGCUCUUGUUUGUUUUCAGGUGAUUAUAAGAAAUGAUUUCUUGACUGCCAGCAGCAGUUGAUAUUAUUCAAGAGUUCUGUGUUUUGCUUUGUUUGUAUUUAUUUGCAUACCAGAGACUACUGUUUGCAUAAUAAGACCACUUUUAGUUUAAGUCCCUGUAUGGGUGAUUGCACAUGCAUCACAACGUAGUAGGUUUUUUAUGCUGUGUUGGGAUCCAGUUGAGCUUUCUGUCUUGCAAAGUGUUGACUCGUAAACAUUCACUGUGUCUAAGAAAAUAGUGGGGUCGUAGCAACAUGCUUUUGAUGCCAAGUGUCAUAAUUGUUAUGCUAUGAGUUACGUGAGGCUGGCAGGUUGGUGGAAGAGGGAAAGAGAAAGGGACUCAAAGGACAUAGAUAAUCAUGUCUUCAUUAUGCACAUGUAGCAGUUCAGAUAAACAAGUGCUAGUUUACUGCAACAAACAACAUUGAGGAAAGAAAAAAGAUUGCCUGCUAAAGUCUCUUGGAGUGGGAAGUUCUAAAAUCAGUGCCUGUGGGACAUACAGAAAAUAUUUAAACCUAUAUUAGUCUUCAUUUACUGCUACAACAUUGCAAUUACACUUUUAAAUUCACUUGUAUGCGUGUAUACGAUGUUCUUACAGAGGACUUUUAUAAUGAAGUUAUGUAACCUGUGAUACGAUUAGCUAGUGCCACACUUGGCCCUAAUAAUUAAUGUGAUUUAAAAAAAAGUACCUCCUGGAAAGGCACCUACUGGAGGUGUAAUUAUGCAUUGGUAAAUUUUUCAUUCACAUGCAGCUGAAUAUAAGUAUGUCUGUAAGCUGAGCUUGACCUUUUCUCUGAAAAGGAUUGGGGAUUUCAGCUGAUUUCUUUGAGAAAACAUGGUCCAGUUGGCAUCUGUAUCACAUAAAUGGCACCAUCUCACAAAAGAAGUACUGCUUCUAACUUUACGAGUAUUUGUAUUUUCUAUGGAAUUUAGCUGCCUAAGAAUUAUUUGAGUGGCAGAUGUGUUUCACAAGCGCUCAACAGCAUUUGAAAAAGGGACAAAGUACAUAGUUAUUGGCUAAAAAGAGCAAUUAAAGGCAACAUCUUGUUUUAAUGCAGCAUUUUGAAAACAGGGAUGACCUUUGAAAAUUGUGUUGUCUUUUUGUUCGCAUAUGACAGAAUCUAUACAAGCCUGAUUUGUCACAGCGCAGCGUCAUCUGUUGAGAAGAAUUGUGGAACCGCUUGCUGUUGGUUAUCUUGCUCUUUUUCAUAUUUUUUAUUUCUUUCUGCUGUUGUGUUUACCCUUUCAUUCAAUAUAAAGACACCUUAAGAUUUACCCACUGGGUGGAAAAGUGAAGAAGAGAUGCAAAACCAUGCCUAUAUGAACAUGAGCAUGCCAGAAAAAACCAAAUGUUUGUAUCAGAGAAGAAGUAAUGUCUCUUUUUCCUAAGGUUUGGGGAAAAGGAAAAUGAGAGAUGGAGCAACUGCAAUACAUAGAAAAUUAAAUGAGGACAUUUCCUGAUUAUGCUAUUAUAAAGUGUGGGUGUGGCUUAAGGGUUAGAGGAAGAGUUUGGGAAUUAGGUCUCCUGGAGACACACAAGUUUCUUCAGUUCUUCCUUGAACUUAGGUAGUUUUUUUUUUUUUUUUUUUUUUUUUUUUUUUUUUUUUUUUUUUGUGGCUUGCUUUGCUUGAGUAUAUAAUAAUAUGGGAGUUUUUUGUUUUGUACAGAUGUGGGGGGAACUGACUGCAAAAUGCUUUGAAAUUCUCUGAUAGAGCCAAGUGGCUGGCAACUGAAGAUGGCUGGCAACAUUUUUGUACUUGUGUUCUGCUGAGAAAUGGCAGAGGAAAGUAAAAAAUAAUGCCUUUCAAACCUGACUUUCACUGUCUUGCAAUGUGUGUAAUUGUUUACCGUGGUGUAAAGUGAGUGUAAAAAUGCUACUGAACUAGAAGAAAACAGCAUUUUAUGCUCAUUUUAUCCAGGCACAGAUCACUACACAAUCAUCAAGACAGCAGAAAAUCAGGCUUUUGUGGUAGAUACAGGAUACCCAUGCUGGACAGGGUGUGCUGCUGUCUGCAAAUUUCCCUGAGAAACCCUCUUUUUACCUGUGGAAAGUUUCUAAGCAAUCAAACAACCUUCCUCUUUCUGUACAGUCUGCUACAGUGAUGGCUUGAGACCUCAUCCUGAAAGUGGAGCAGGAGAAUAUGGCAUAACUUCUUAGCUAAUGGUGUCUGAAUUAGCCCUGGUUGUGAAUCUAGUUUAUUGCCUCCUCCUAGGUGUGUGCUGUACCUGGUGGAGAUAAGGGCUAGCUUAGGAUCUAUGCUCUGUUUUACAAUGAACAAUAAACCUGUGCUUUCCAUUGCUGCAGAGCUCAAGAUCCUCUCUGGAAGAGUGGCCCAAUGAAAAAGGCAGUGCUUUCAUGCAUACCCUUCAUUGCAUACCACAGUACAUAAUGAUGUGGACUUAAAAUAUUAAUAAUUGCAUUCUCUUAUCAGCCAGAAUCCCUAAAUCAGCUUGGACUCCAAGCAUGGCUGGAAACAGACCCAGAGAGGUGGAAAGCUAUGGAGUUAGCAGAGUCUAGAAAAUAAACCAUUUUUUUUCCAAAUAUUAAUCACACAUGGGUUUUCUUUGUUGGUUAUUUGUUGGUUGGUUAGGUUUGAUUUGGGGUUGUUUUCCUGAUUAUAACAUAUUGUACACAUGCAGUGAUCUUUUUAUAGAACCUGAAGAGAUGUUUUGUGGGAAAUAGCCUAUGAUAUGAAGUUUUAACUCUUCAGUAACAUUAUCAAUAGCAUCUGUGAUUUUAAAAAUUAAGAUGGGCUAAUUCCCAUGAAGCUCCUUCAGUAUAAGAGGUUAUUAAAGACAAACUGCGUCUCAACCUAAAGUUGUACUGCGUUCUUUAGGGAACACAAAUUUCAAAAGCUUGCCAGGUGUAUUUCAACUUGAUACGCAAUAUUUAGAGCAGAUGUGUAUUCUAUAAUUGAUUGUGUAUUUUUUUUUAAUGACAAAUAGUAGAACAGUAUUGGGAGAAAGAUGGGUGAUGGACACUCUUGAUCAAAGCACUGAUAUUUACAUAUGUCUUCUCUACAAAGGACCCUUUGAAGUUAGUCUCCUUGCUAAUUCAUUCACCCCUUUUUCUUAGAAGGCAGCUUUCAGAGUGGCAGUGUUUAAUUUGUGAGUGAGCAAUAUCUUGUUUGGUUAUGGUUGGAUCUCAAACACAAAAGGAUCCCUACCCUGGAGGUCAGAUUUCUCUGGCUGAUACCUGAAUCUGGUUGACUGCUUUCUUCUAUGGUUCUGUGAACCAUAUCAGUAUCGAUCAGAAUAAAACUGCUUUCAUGUCUGAUCUCUGACUGUGCUGUAGAAUAACUUUUAUCUUAGCCAAAUUCUGCCUGAGGCAUUUGCCAAAAAAAAAGUUUGUUUUGUUUCUUUACUUUUAAAUCUUGCUUUUAUAUGAUAUCUGGCAAUAUAACCUAUUACGACAAGAGUUAUCAGUGCCCAGUUUUCCAUACUCUGUAAGAAUAAUUUGGAAAAUUCUGUUGAAAUAAAAAGGUGGCACUUGCAGGCAUAUUUUUUAGAGUUUUUGGAAAGGCUCAUGUGCCAAAAUGAUGUGUUGUAAAUGUUGGCAUGGAGAGAAAGGAAAACAGGUUUUUUUUAUGGAGUGCAAAUCCCCACAGUGCAAUGCUUAGAGACAUACAGUGCAAUGUUUAAGGAGGUGUUUGUUUCAUAGAUCACCUAACUCUCUGAGAUAACAGGUUAACCAGUGAAAUUCUGAGCCAGAUUUUGAGGUGAUCAGCGAAGCUUUCUGCCUGUGUAUGAGAGGAGAGAAGCUUCAUAUUUCCACUUACCUGUGCCCCAGUAUUACUGCCUGGGUUGGAACUGCACAGUUUUUUAGUGGCACACAGUGAGAUGACAAGUUUAUAUAGGGAUGUGAGGGUUGAUUGUAAAAAGAUGCUCCUGAGGAAAUUGAAAAUUUGAAUAGUGAGAAGUCCUCAGAUGGAAAAUGGUUAUCAGUAUCUACAGGGACAUUUUAGAAAUCACCUGUGCUGUGUUUAAUGAAGGUCUCUGAGCUCUCUGGCUGGGAAAAUCAGACCUGAAAAAAGAGAAUAACUCAAAAUAGGAAGCAGAAAAGAUGGGGUGAACCUACUCUAGUUUUUCAGAUAAAGCUUUGUGACUAACUUAAUUUCUUCAACAGCUGUAAAGGAACAGUUUGGGAAUCUCAUAGACCAAUUAAGACACAUUUGCGUACGUGUUCAGACUGUAUUCUAAUGGUGUAUGGUUAGCUGUGUUAUAUUGAUUCAUGAACAAAUUCCUUUCCUUUGAUUUCUUUUUCUUUUUAAGAAAGUCUAACAGAUAUGACCCAGAUGACUUUUAAUUGUUUAUUUAAAAAAACAAACCAACAAACUAUUUAAAAAAAGAAACAUGUCUAGAUACAAAAAUGACCAACUUAAAGGAAGAAAUGUGAGGUAAUCUAUAAACAAGACAGGACCUGGUAUUAAAAUACACAGGUAAAUAAAACACUGUCCUUUCUCAAGCAUGCACGAUCUCUAGACAAAUGGUAAUUUUAUCUUUCUUCCCUAUCAAAAUAUGUAGUUAUUUUCUAAGCAGUGUGCUGCAUGGUUUACAGCUCACAGGUAAUAGGAGCAUCCUUCUUGCUGUAGAGCAGAAAUCUAUUUUUUGCAGCCCUAAGUAAAGUAAAUGACAACUAUAGACAGCAGUAAAACAGGCAAGUGUGCUCAUUUUUUUCUAUAAAAAUGACUUUUUAACUCUAUACUGAUAAAAAAGACACUUUCAUGUAAUACUAAUUCUGGAAUCUUUUAAUUCAAUAGAUGGAAGUGGAUUAUAAAUGAAUGUUGCAGGUGAUAACUAACAUCUCCAUGACAAAUUGUGUGUUAGUGUAGCUGUACUGUAUAUACACUGGAGAUUUUUUCAAAAACUUCUUUCGGCUUUGUUGAAAUGUAAUGGUCUGUGCAUGUUGCUGGUGGAGAAUCUUAUCCUCAGGUAUGCAGUUCAUUUAACAAGAAUUGAAGUGGUCAUUUAUGUAUUUAUGUGGAUGUGACACGAGUACGUAUCUUUUUUAUAUAUGGGAUUCUCUAAUGAGACAUAGAAAAUGUCACCAUUUUAUUCUCUUCCGUUUUAAAAGUGAUUGUGAGGGGAUCUUGCCUCCCCGUGUUUCUUCACUGUUGAUUUGUUCUCUUGUUUUCUUCUAAGGGUACUAACCUAAGGGAAUGCAUACUGCACAUCAUGCUGCGCUUUCACUUGUCAUUUUGAGAUGAUCUCUAGACAAUAAGGUCAGACAAAAAGUUUAUGCCAAAUGGACCAGACAGAAAGAAGCUAGUCAAAUGAAUUAAAAAUAGAAUAGAUAAAUAUUCCAGGCACAAAGCAGUUGGCUGUAAUCAUUCAACCUUCUUUAUUGCUUUUCUUCUUCUCACAUACAGAGUUCCUUUAGAACAGGCAGGUAUACUGCACAGUGUAAGAACUUUUCAUUAAGGCAUCAGUUAAGAUUUAUUCCCAAAUAUCUAAAAUAUCAGUAUAUUGAUUACUUUAUCAUCUUGCACAUUAAAGAUUAUUUUUCAUCAUUUUUUUUCCAAUAUAUCUAUGUUGUUUUGUAUUUAAUGAGGAACUCAACUAUUUUUUUUUUAAAUUUUAGCAAAAAAUAGUAUUUAACUUGUACUUUGCAUCUCUUUAGUAAAAGAUGUGCUCAGACAUUUCUCAAUGUUUCACUUUUUCAGUGGGUAAUAGGUGUUCUUAUCUAAAUAUUUCUGCCACCUCAUGCUAAGAAAAAUAUGUUGUACUAAAACAAACAAAAAAUAAUAUUGAUUUUUCUCUGAUUCUUCAUAGCUAGGAAGCAUGCAUAGCAAACAGUGCUCAGAUGAAACUUACAUUUGAAAUAUAGCACCCACCUAUAAAUAUAUUUUCUAUUUUUUUCUCUGUGGUUAUGGUACCAAAGUAGCAACAGCAGUUAUUGAGUUUGCAGAAUUACAGAAGCUGAUACCUGUCACCCAAGCCUCACUGUAAGUGCCACCUUGUACAGUAGUAUGAGAGUUGUACUGCACAAAGAGUACUCCUGGUCAUUCUCUCAUGUCAUAUAUCUGAACAUGUUGACAGAAUUUCUGCCCAAGGAGAUUAAAUUAAGUAUCAUCUGAAUUCAAAAGUAUACAGUGAUCAGCAUCCAGUCAGAGAAAAUAGCCUAAUUAUAAUAUUUUCACACACUCAGUGUAAAUGGAACAUCCACAGCACUAUAAACUUGCAAUCCGCUGUGGCUAAGGGUUAAACACACAUCCAGAUGAGAAGGUUAUCCUGGAAUACCGUUUUGCAAGUAGCCUCUUGCCUCUGAUCCUCUGUAGUCUGCUGCUUCUACUCUAAUGACCCCCUUUUGCUAUGACUGAUUUUUUUUUUUUUAAUAAGUAGGUUAUCUGAAAUGCUGGCUAUAAGAAAAAAAAAAGUAUAUUUUUAAUAUAAGGUGUUUAUAAUCUGUAAAAUACUGGAUCAUUCAAGCAAGUUUUGUUUUUUUCUUUAAACGUACAUUAACUUAUUUCACAGAGGAUGAAUUAAAUUCUCUACUAUGGAAGUACAGAGGAAAACAUCUGAUAUAUGUUGUUUACAACCAUUUGCAAGUGUGGUGGCUCUAUCUUGACAAAGAGAAACUCUCUUUAAAGAACAGGCUACUGUUCCUUCUUGUUUCCUUACUAAAUUCUGGUUUGACAUGUUUAUUCUUCCUUCUGGAUCAGAGUGAGAUUUUACAUAAAAUGGAACGGAUUUAUAUUUAUAGGUUAAAUGAAGAUAAGUCUAUCUGGAGUUCUGACUUUCAAGACAAGUCAGGAUGAAUAUCCAGGAGAACUUACUUCUUAUAUUCUAGCAGUACUACAAAAGAGAGUAACAAUUCAUUUUGAAACUAGAGCACUAAAGUAUCUUUAAAGAUUCCUAUUUUAUUUGAUUUGACAAAGGCAGAAGUCUGCUAUGCUUGCAAGCUCAUGUUAGCUUCUAUUUUCUCUUAUAGAGUGGAAACAUCAUAAGUGGUUAAAAAUCACCAGUUGCCACAGUUUAUUGUUUUUUAUGAGCAAUGAGGUCUAUAGCAUGGAACAGUGGAAUGAAACUCUCUAUACGGCCUUAAAUGUCAGAGAAUAAGGCUGUAUUUUGUAAAUCUUAGACCAAUAGCAUUCAAACAUACUAUUAUAAAUGGACUUAUAUAAUUGUUAGAUGAUGAGACUAGCAAAAGAUUUAUGAAGCUACAAGGGUAUGGCAAAAGUCUAAAAUUACUUGGUUUCCUUAGGUGAGAGCAGGAUGCACUCCAAGCAGGCUCUCAUCUCCCCACAAAAUAAUCUAAAUGGUGUUUAUUUGAAAUUCCAGUGAUACAAUAAUUAAUUCCUUUGGCAUUAAAAUGUAAUAACUUUUAAAGAAAAUAAUUUCAUCCCAAGAGUUUAGCAUUCAGGAAGCCUUCCUGACUUCUUAAGUUUUUAGAGAUGGAUGUUUAGCUACGGAAUAAAAUGUGAAGAGAAUUCAGCAGUGUGUGUGUUUUUGCUUGUUUUUCAUGAAAAAACAAGCUUGUCCUUUCAUGUAAAAUCCACCCAUCAUGCUAUUCCACAGUUGUAUAAAUAUGAGUGCUCAGCAUGUGUUCUGGGAACAUCCUGGAGGGUAGUAAAAAUUAUUUUCUCUCCUAUCAUUCUUGCCUCAGUUUGACCGUUGAUGUUUAAGCAAGUAUUUAAAAUCUUAGAAACCUAGUCUGAGGAAGAAGGAGAGAGCAGAAGAGCAAAAAUUUGAGUAAGGAGGGAGAGAAACUAUGAGAAAUAAAAUAGAUGGAACUUAUUAAAUAUUUUAAUAGGAAUGUCCUAAUUGUUAUACACUCACUCUUUUACAGGCUUUCCUGUAAGCAGCUCUUGAUGUAUAAAAUUUUGGGAAUGUGUGUUCAUUAGCUUGCUUGUAUUUGUAAUGGGACAUAGAGCUUACCCUUGUCUUCUUCAUGAAAGUUUAAUAAUCUACAGUUCAGUAUUGUGGGUAAUCUACCCAUUUGGUAUUGUGGAUAAAGUUCCCAAAAGGCAUCCUGCACUGCCAAAGUUCCAUUUAAAGUGACAGCUGGUAUUUCAUUUACUUUAAUUUAAAAACAAGGACACAAAAAUUAAGAAAAAAAACACCCUUCCAACUUUUUUCCUUGUCUGGAAUCCUGUUCCUCACAUAAGAAUCCAUUGACAAUAAAAGGUGCUAAUUAAUAUCCAUGUAAAUGCCUUCACUGUAAAAAUACUUAGGAAUAGAGGAGUCCAAGUGACAGUGAGUAGAAAAGCCAUAAAUUCUAUGAAUGAAAAUUGAGGAAAGCUUUUAUAUUGCUGCGCUACCUCAUCUGUUACUCUGUACCCUUCUUAGGGCAGGAUGUCAGAACAAUUUUUUUCCUAGAAAUUUAUGGUUAGUAGACUGAGAUUCUUCUAGAUAAAGACAGAUUCUUUUUGGAACAGAUAUACUUAAAUCUUAGACCAUAGUCUUGUAAUCAGAUUCACAUCGAUGGGAGCUGGAGGAAAUAUCUUUAAAAGAGUUUUUUUCAGGGAGUGGAAUGAGGUCACUGUUUAUUAUUAAAAAAAAAAUAAAAAAAUAAAAAUAAAAAAAAACCAGGAUUGUUAACCUGUUCUUUCACAGAACUGCAUGCUUUGGUUCAAUAGCUGCAAGCAGUCACCUUAAUUUCUUGCAGAGUGCAAAGUUAAGUAUGUGACUGAGCUAUUGCUGGGGUAGAAUCUUAGCUCCAACUGCUUCUGGAGAUGAACUGUGUGUUCUUAUGAAUUUUUAUGUAAAAUAUAUUUUCCUCUCUUCGGCUGUUAGUUGCUCUCCACGAAAUUAAUCUGCUUUUUUAUCAGACUGAAAGUUUGUGAGGUCUCAUUUGGUGUUAACCAGUAUAAUCUCUUACACAAAUAAACAAUUUUUUAUCACAGUAAAUUCUAUGAAAAUAAUUAUUUUCUUUCUGGAAGGGGAAACAGUAUCUUCUGUAUCAUCUUUGUAUGUUAGUUGCAAAGAAACUGUUAUGCAUUAGAAAUUCAUUACUCCAAGAAUUUUCCACUUUUUUCUGCUGAAGAUAAUUAGAAUUCAUGUAACCAGACCUACUGUGAAAACAGUGUAAAGUCUGAAUAACACAAAUCUGUUUUUAUAACAACAACAGCAUUGUUGCAUGUAUAAAAAUGGAGGUAUUCAUUUUAGUAUUAAAAAGCAGGAAAUAACCACCAGGUAUUAACAUUCUCAAAAGGCUGUCAGUAAUGGUUUCUAAUAAAGCAAAUGACUGUGUGUAUAAACCCAUACUUUCACUUUGCAUACUAGGCAACGAACGGGAAGUGUCAGCUCUGAAGGAUUUAUCACUCAGCAGUUCACAUGGUAAACAGAGGUAAGGACUUGAUUAAAUAGCUUAAGAUAACGCUUCCUAAAGCAAGUAGCUUCCUUAGCUCUUCUGCAUGGUUUUCUGAAAGGCUAUGCAUUAUAGUUGCAAAAAGAUUGCUUCUGACAGCGACGUUCUUCAUAUUAGAACAUUGUCAAAACAGGUAUAUACAUAAGGACAAGAAACAGCUGAAAUGCAUCGCUUGCUGAACAUAUUGCUGGGCAUGCUCAAUCUGGCUAUACAAUUGCAUAGCAAAGCUCAAGGCAGACAACAGAUGUCAUGACUUUCGGCAGUGAAACUAUACACUUGGAUUUUUUUUUUAAUAACUUGUAUUGAGGCUUGAAAUGAAUUGUUCAUAUAUUGAGUAAGGAGAAAUUCAUCUUCUUACAUGAAUUCAUAUUCAGCUUUGGUGUUUUAACCAACAUCGUUGUUCUGUACAUACUAAAUGAUGGUGGAAGGUAUUAAAAAAAAAAAAAAAAAAAAAAAGAAAACAACCUGUCUUACAUUCAAUUUAUUAUUUGGUUUCAUAACUUCUCCUUGUGGUCACUGAGUCACAUAUUUACAGCAUGACUGCUUGAGGACUUGCAUACAUUGUCAUACUAAUUAGAUAGCAAAGAGACAGGACUGAAUUUGCAUAAUUAUCGUACACCAUCCAGGUAUUUAUUCUUUCUAACUGAAGUGAGGAUGCAAAUCUGCUUUUCAUCACUAGUAGAGGAGGAACUUGUUUCAGAUCUUUCUCUGAACUGUUUCUGACUGUUCACACUCAACUGGGAAUGAGGAUCUUGUGUACCUGCAUUCUCUUUGUCUCAUAAAACUUGACCUUGUCACUUGAGUGUGUUGUCUUUAACUUCUACUCCAGGAAAAAUAUCUCAAUAUUUUUAUAGUCAGGUUUAAUAGCCAGCAGAGGUAUAAAAUUCUAAGACUAACUAAUCUUGACAGAAAAUUCUGAACAUUUGCUGGACAUGUUUAGAUUAGGAAGCCAGUUCUUUUCUCACUAGGAGAGUAAUAAUAAUUAAAAAUUUAAGUAGAGAUGAAAUGGACUUUGGCACUGUAGGCCUUUUCAGUGUCUCCUAUCCUAAUUUAAAACAUGUCUAAUUUGGGAAUACUUUGUUUUGCACCUGAGGAAGCCUAAGAAUUGUAUGUCCUUAUCUGAGGCCAGUAGAAGCGUAUGUGUGAAAAUUGAAGUGUUUGGACUUCUGAAUGUCCAAAACACUGUUCAAAUCUGUGCCUUGGCCUUUUUGUGAGUCAGUUUACAGGUCUGUAGUAUCACUAGCAGCAACAACUCUGUGUUGUUUUGAAGCACAGUUAAGGGACAGAUUAUCUGAGGGAGGCACAUAAAGUAUAGAUUACUCAUUGACAGACAGGAACCGUGUGCCCUACUUAACGUGUGAAGAAACAACCUGUGUCCUUUGGAUUUGAUUGUCCUGGGAGUGACAACAGCAAAAUAGACACCCUGCCUUAACAGCAAAAUAGACACCCUAUUUCAACCUUUCCAGUGCAGACCCCUCCCUAUUGCAAACCCUCAUUCCCAUUUCACUCCCCACUGCCAUCAUAUUCAGGCAAAAAUAGUUGAGCCACCUGGUGCAGCAUAUCUGCAGGAAUCAAUUUUCAUUUCCUGCCAGCACGUGAGCAUCCUUCUCUCAAGGUGAGUCGGUGGAAGCUGGCUGCUCCUCUGUUGGAAGCAGCGCGUGAAUUACAAAGCACUACUGCUGUGUUGCGUAGUGGGGGUAGACAGGGCAUCAUAUAAGUGUAAAAAUGUUUGGUUUGCAAGCAGUGUUACUGUAGGUAGCAAAAUGUCACACCAGAGUGCAAAAGAGGGAUCUGUAUCGGUGAUUUUCCAGCCCGUGCAGUACACUGUGCUGUGCAGAAUGUGUGAGAGUGGCAGGUACGGCACAGCCACCUGCCAGCAGCCUGCCACUCCACGCAGGAGUAGCUGGGAGAGUCAAUACUCAUCUGUGAAAACAUCUGUGUAAUUAAGCUGAAUGCCGAAGAGCAUGAGAGUUCAGAUGAUAGCAGAAAGCUUCAAAUGUACCCUUAGAUAGAUUUGAUUAUCACAUGGUUUUCCCAGGCUUGGCUACGUAACUCAAUAGGCAUUGAUCAAUUGAUAGAUGUGUAUGCCAAAUGCAUUAAGAACUGUUUUACUGAAGUUAGGAUGGAAAGAGAAAGAAGUAAACUCUUCUAACAGAUAAUUUCUUGUAAUUCCACAUCAUCCUCACCUUCUGUUCAAUUGGGAAGUGUGUGGUUUUUAACUUUCUGUUCCCUUUUGCAAUUGCAAAAAAAAAAAAAAAAAAGAGUAUGUGAUUUGUGGUAUAAAAUAAGGGUUUAGUUAAAAUAAUCCUGUUUCUUCUUACAAAUAUAAGUGUAUUCUAAUUGCAUUAAUAACUUGUAGGUGGUGCAUACUCUUAGAUCAGUAUUAGCUGAAGUAUUGAUAUGAUGUGCAUAAGACAAGAAUACCAAAGUGUACGGUAUGUGAUUGCAAUAUGUUAGGUUUUGCAGAAUGUAAUUUUCUAUAAAAUGCCUACAAACAUUUUAAAAACAAACAUGAUUCUCAGAACACAUGCUUUCCUGAGGAUUAAAAGUGCAUACAGCUGUUGAGGCUUGUUUGAGUGGUUUGGGUUUUUUUCCUUUUAAAUUCACAUUUUUAUUUUCAAGGGAUUGUGAAAGUCUAAUAUUAAAGAUUAUAUUGUACUUAAUAUUAACUGAGAGCUGGGUUUUUUUAAGAAAAGAAAACAAAGAGAUUUUUUUCUAAAAUCAUGAAUUCUAUCUUUCUCUUAUAAUGCACUGGAUUCAACUGAGAAGACAGUGAAUAUGACCAGAUAUGAGAAGUUUUGUGCUACUCUGAAGUUUUGCUGGGAACUUUCAAUAGGAGCCCAUUUGGGAGAAAGGCUACAUGAUUAUUCAUUUAUUGCCUUUUUUGUAUCGUAUUGCAAUGAUACUCUUCAUGUCACAAAAUUUACUUUCUACUGUUUACAUUUUAACAUCUGAAUAUAGUAAAUUUUGCUACUGAAAAAAGAACUGCCUAGUGUUCUGGUAACUCAUCUGCUAACAUAGUAUAUUGGUUUUGAUGAAUGGACUCAAUCUUAAAGAUUCUCUACUAUGAUGUGUGAUAC